AUGAGUCCUACCGUCCAGCAGGUGGUGGACCAGGCAGACAGAAGACAGUUCUCCAUGAGGAGUAGUGGAAGAUGCCGGCUCUGCCAGCACUGCUGCUGUCGAUUUACUUCCUCUUGCUGUUGCUGACCAUGGCCCCGCUCUCAUUCACCCAGGCUCCCGCGCUCUCCUCUGUCAGAAUGGGUGGGUUUCCGCUAGUUACCACAGUCACAAAGUCAAAGUUGGGUAUAUUAUAAAAUUGCAUGAAAACUAAAAGUAGGUAUUUGGUCUUAAUUUAAGGUUAAGGUUAGGCAUAAGGUUAGCAUCGUGGUUAAGAUUAGGGUUAGGUUUAAAAUCAAAUUUUAAGAAGAUAAAUUGUAGAAAUAGGCGGGGUUUAUGACUCUGUGGCUGUGGUAACUAGUGACGACCGAAUGUGUGCGUUGGGAUCACACUGUCAUGGCUGACAAGGCCAUCUACUCCUCAGUGUCUUUACCCACUGUUUGUGGUUAUUGACUUGCCAUUUUGAUGAAUGGGAUUUUAGUUCACCAUACGUACCACAAAACAAUACAGAUCAGGAAGCUGUAGUGCAGUACAGUUCACAGUAAAAUAGUCUAUAAAUGUCUCCAUGGAUACACAUACUGUAGGCUAAUUUAAGAUCAGGAAGCUAAGGCUUGGAUCAGAGAAUGCCUCAUUCCUCAGUAAUUGUAAUGUAAACAAGGGUCGUUACCAUAAGGAUUGGCUGUGUCAAUAGGUUCAUCCACUAAUUGAUUAACUCAUUUGGUUAUGUACAUCUCGCUGACUUCACCGAUGUGAUCAUUAUUCAGUGAUCAUCCUAAAUGUCAGAUGACAGGUCGUCCACUUUUCCCCCUGAAUAACCUUUCCUUGAAAAUGUCUCUAGUCUGUGUGAUUCUCUGUGACUCACCCCUAGCAUCCAUUUCGCAGAUGGGUUGAAUGUUAGUCAAAAGGUCAGCCUUAUUGGAACAUAGAUCAGAUAAACUUAUUUUGAAAGGAAUGACAAAACACAACAUUUGAAUCCAUCUGCCCCCGGGUCUGGUUUUUCAUGCUCCUUUAUCUUCUCGUCUAUCUUUCUAUCAUUCUAUUUAUCCCCCCAGCGGCCAUUUUGGACGACCAGUCGGUGUGUGGGCGAGGGGAGCGGCUAGCACUGGCCCUGGCCAGGGAGAACAUUAACAGUAUCUUUGAGGGCUCUUCCAGAGCCCGGGUGGAGGUGGACAUCUUCGAGCUGCAGAAGGACUCACAGUACGAGACCACCGAUACCAGUGAGCAUGAUCAGUAUAAACCAUUAUUUUCUAAAUUGAGCUGGAUAUACAUUUAAUUCAAUCAAAUGUGACUGACGGGUUUCAAACCCAGGUCAAAUCCUGGGUACCGCAAUCAUGUGUUAGCCCGCUGAGCUAAUGCCAAUGUUCCACUUACUGUCAACUACAUCUGGAUAGACACUUUACUCAUACAAAUUUGACAGAAUGGGUUCAAACCAAUAUCUCCUGAGUGCCACAAGACUGUGUUAGCCCUCUGAGCUAAAGACAAGGCAUUAUCUCAGAGGAGCUAAUGCAAGUCUUCUGAUCCCAGGCAAGGUUACUCAUCACAUGAGUUACACCGACAUACACUCACACAGUACAGUGUACCACUGACAGAAGUUAUUGUCUUGGAGAAGGACAAAUCGACCGAGUAAGCUAGGUGUGUGUGUGCGAGAUCAUUAUUUUUCACGUUAUAGAUUUUUGUACUCCCACCAUCACAAAGGAGGCAAUAUGGUAGUGGGUGUUAACAGUUGCUCCUAAAGCAGUGAGUGAUCUGCAAGUAUUCACGUGAAAACACACACACACACACACAUAUUUUUUACAUUUUAGUCAUUUAGCAGACGCUCUUAUCCAGAGCAACUUACAGUUAGUGAGUGCAUACAUUUUUCUACUGCCCCCCCGUGGGAAUCGAACCCACAACCCUGGCGUUGCAAGCCAAUUGAGCUACAGGAGGCCAUACACACCACAGGAGGUUGGUGGCACCUUAAUUGGAGGGGGAAGGGCUCAUAAUAAUGGCUGGAGCGGAAUGAGUGGAAUGGUAUCAAAUACAUCAAACACAUGGUUUGAUGUCAUUCCAUUCGCUCCAUUCCAGCCAUUAUUAUGAGCCGUCCUCCCCUCAGCAGCCUCCACUGAUACACACACACACACAUUGCUGAUCUGUCUCGGAUCUGGGAGAGCUGUACAGGUUUUUCUGGACAGAAUAAUAACCCUAAUCUCCAAUAGACAGAGUGUGGAUUCAGAUUGCCGUUAUGGCUACAAUUAAUCAAAAGUGUCCGGCAUUGACUCUUAAUUUGAUAUAUCAUCCAAGAACAGGACAGAGACAGAACUGGACCUCGUCCAAGACAUUGACGCUUCCGUCUUGCUGGCAAAUUCGCUCUCCUUACUAAUUCCCCAGAAGCCCCCCGCGCACGCACGGUCCACCGGUCCGCGGGCUGGGCUUGUUCUGGGUCUUUCUGUCGGGCGGUAUGCGGCGGGCGUUUCUGUCAUGCGUGCGGAAAGGGAGAGGCGUUCUAGUGGUCUUUUUCUUUCUUUCGUUUCUUUCUUCGUUGCCUAGGGCGGCGCGCUCCUCUAGCGUCUUUAACUCGUCGCUUGCCUUUCUUCGCUCUUCUAUCUCUCUCUCCCUCACCCUUCUCUCUCUCUCCCACCCUUCUCUCACCUUCUCUCUACUCUCUCUCUCUCUCUCUCUCUCUCUCUCUCUCUCUCUCGCUCUCCCCUCUGUCUCAGUGUGUCAGAUAUUGCCGAAGGGGGUGGUCUCUGUGAUUGGCCCCGCCUCCAGUCCCGCGUCAGGGUCAACUGUCAGUCACAUCUGUGGGGAGAAGGAGGUGAGCUAGCUAUGUCCUCUAAACCACAUUCACACUGCUACUCAUACUGUAUCCCCUUAGUCCCAUAAACCACUACUCCACUACUUGUCUGCUUACUGGAUGAUUACCGAUCAUUGAAAGGACUGGAUUUGAGUUUAUUAGGUACACCCAUCUAGUACCGGGUCGGACCCCCCUUUGCCUCCAGAACAGCCUGAAUUCUUUGGGGCAUUCUACAAGGUGUUGGAAACGUUACACAUGGAUGUUGGUCCAUGCUGACGCGAUGGCAUCACACAGUUGCUGCAGAUUGGACGGCGGUACAUUAAUGCUGUGAACAACCCGUUCCAUCUCAUCCAAAAGAUGGUCUAUUGGGUUGAGGUCUGGGGACUGCGCAGGCCACUCAAGUAAACUGAACACGCUGUCAUGUUCUAGGCAAUGUUUUUCCACUCCUCAAUUGUCCAGUGUUGGUGAUUGCUUGCCCACUGGAGCCACUUCUUCUUGUUUUUAGCUGAAAGGAGUGGAACCCAGUGUGGUCGUAUGCUGCAACUGCCCAUCUGUGACAUGGAUCGACGAGUUGUGCGUUCCAAGAUGCCAUUCUGCACACCACUGUUGCACUGCGCCGUUAUUUGUCUGUUUGUGGCCCGCCUGUUAGCUUGCACGAUUCUUGCCAUUCUCCUUCGACCUCUCUCAUCAACAGGCUGUUUUCACCCACAGCACUGCCCCUGACUGGGUUUUUUUUUUAUCGCACCAUUCUUGGUAAACGCUAGACACUGUCUUACGUGAAAAGCCCAGGAGAGCGGCCGUCUCUCAGAUACUGGAUCAGUCGUGCCUGGCACAGACGAUCAUAUCACGCUCAAAGUCGCCUUUGUCACUCGUUCUGCCCAUUCUAACGUUCAAUCAAACAGUAACUGAAUGCCUGGAUACCUGUCUGCCUGCUUUAUAUAGCAAGCCACGGCCACGUGACUCACUGUCUGUAGGAGUGAUCCAUUUUCAUGAACGGUUGGUGUACUUAAUAAACUGACCAGUGACUCUAUGUAGCACUGCUAUAAAUUGCUUUGGAUAAAAGCCCCUGCUAAAUGGCAUAUGUUAUAAGUCCUUUCAGGUCAGUGGAUGUUAGGAAGAGGAGAUGUGGAAACAGUUCAUGUUGGGACACAGCCAACAUCGCUCUAGGAAAUGUCCUCUCUGAUCUCUCUCGCUCGGUCAUAGUUCAGUGAACUCUGUAAUGAGUUAACUGUGGUUCAUUCAGUUUGAACCUGCAUGGUCACACUUCGGUCAUGCAGAGAUUUGACCUGGUUAAUACUGCUUCUUUCACUAGCAAUGAUAAUGAAUCAGUCUUAUUCCAUGUUUAGAUUACGAUCUCUCGUCAUCUAAAUCUGCAACGGGACGGAUAAUAAUAUAAUCCAUGUAUGCUGUCAAUCAUCUACCAAUGGAAAUCUCUUCAGGCAUUUUCACAUUAGACUUUAUUUCAGUACGGGGCAAACAGCAAUUCAUCCCAGGGGCGAAACAUUUCAGACCUGGCCCUUAGCCAGAUUAAGUCAAACAGGGAUAAAAUCUCGCUAUAGGGAGAAAAUGCAAAUGUGAAAAAACGUAGCCUGUUUACCUUGGAGUUGUCUAUGGAUGAAAUACCAGUAUAAAAACACCUUUUGUUUUGUUGCACUUCAAUUGGGUUGAAUAUGUCAAUGUUAUGGACAGAGCAUGAUAAUACUGUCCAGGGUAAAAGCUUGAACGCUUAAAGGCCCAAUGCAGCCGUUUUUUUUUUAUCUCAAUAUCAAAUAAUUACGUUACUGUAAUAGUUUUACAUUAAAAUGGUCAACAAUAAACAAAAAUAGCUUUUUAGCAAAACGAUUUCUCAAGCAAGAAUUUUGCUAGGACUGUCUGGGAGUGGUCUGAGUGACGAGGGGGAGGGGGAGAGAUAUGUAAUCUGAAAACUAGCUGUUAUUGGCAGAGGUUUGAAACUCUCUUUGUUAUUGGUCUAUAUGAACUUAUACUGCCUGGUGAUGUCACCAGGCAAGCCAAAACUCCACCCAUGCAAAACCUGCUGAUUAGAAGGUCCUGUGUAGAUUGUAUUUUCAACUAGCAACUAUCAGGAAAUAUCCCUGAUCAAAUGUUUUCACACUUUUACAGUGUUAGUUUCAUCAGCUGUUGUACAAUAUGAUACAAAACACAGGGAAAACAUAAUUUUGACUGCACUGGGCCUUUAAUUUACCAGCCAACCACUUCCUCUCCCUUCCUUUACUCCUUUGCUUAUUAUAGUAUACACAUGUAUGAUAAUAAUAAUCCAUUAUUAUCAUACAUGUCCAUCCUUUAUAACAUACUCAUAUAAACAAUUAUGAACACUUCCCAUGACCGAUUCAUAAUGCCUAAAAGUGCAUUUAUAACGCCUUAUGUUGCCUGCUGUCUCAGAUCCCUCAUGUGAAGAUAGGCCCGGAGGAGACGCCCAAACUCCCAUACCUCCGCUUCGCCUCGGUCAGCCUCUACCCCAGCAACGAGGACCUGAGCCUGGCUAUAGGGGCCAUCCUCCGCUCCUUCAGCUAUCCCACCGCCAGCCUCAUAUGCGCCAAGGCAGAGUGUGAGUGUAUGCCUCAGGGUAUCUGAUACUGCAUGCAUGUUCCUAUACUUCCCUACUUGUAUACUUCCAUACUACGAUACUUCCCUACGUACACUCUUAGAAAAAAAGGUGCUAGCUAGAACCUAAAAUGGUUAUUUGGCUGUCCCCAUGGGAGAACCCUUUGAAGAACCCUUUUUGGUUCCAGGUAGAACCAUUUUUGGUUCCACGUAGAAGCCUUUUGGUUCCAGGUAGAACCCUUUUGGGUUCCGUGUAGAACCCUUUCCACAGAAUUUCUACAUGGAACCAAAAAGGGUUCUACCUGGAACCAAAAAGGUUUCUCCUAUGGGGACACCCAAAUUUACCUCCAUACAUCAACUCUCUACGGUUUGAUCUGAGCGAAUGUUGAGUGUGAGUGCAGGGUGUUCGAUACUGCGUUUGUCUUAUGCUUCUAGACCUUGCCUAUUGUUACACCUGUGCCAAGGCUGAGUGUGGAGAGUGUAUAAGGAAUGAUACAUUGUAUAUGUUGUCAUAUGAGAUGCCCUGCGUUGCUUUAUGUGUCUUAUCCAGAGCGACUAACAUGAGCAAUUAUGGUUAAGUGCCUUGCUCAAGGGCAGAUCGAUAGCAUGUUCACCUAGUCGACUCGGGAAUUCUAACCAGUGACCUUUCGGUUACUGGCCCAACACUUUUAACCGCUAGGCUACCUGCUGCCUCCAUGCUCACAUAAUCCUUUAUUUAGCCAAGUAGGUUAAAGUAGUGCAUAGCUAUCCGUUGAGGUUUAUGUAUUGUGUAUAUGUUUUGACGCUUUAGACUUGUCAACGUACAGCCGAUGACCCUGAAGCUUCAGCUGAGUAGUAGAGUGUAUCAUUUUGCAUUGGUCUGAUGCUCCACUCUUGAAAUAAUCCAAGUUCAACAAAGACCUUGAACUGUACAAGAGUAUUCCAGUAGCCUGGAGCCAUUCGUACAUCCCUCUAUCACCCUCCCAUCAGUCCUCCUGCAUUCCAGGGUCCCCUGCACACAGAGUGCAGCCGCCCAGUCAGUCCAGGUGGUGGAUUAGCCCAGUUCCCCUCCAGAGUGGAUUAUGCCUUCCAUUUAUGAGCUGCUGCUCUAUUCGACUGCUCAGGUCUGGGCCAAGGUCGGGUGCGCUGAAUGCAUCUUUUUACAGUCCACGCCACCCUCCCUCUUUAUCGAUCCCACUGUUUUCUACUUGGCUGGUCUGGUCUGUGCUCUGUGUAAUGUUAUUAAGCAAAAUUGUUUAUGUUUUUUCUCUUCUCUUGGUUUUUCUUGUUUUUUUUUCUCCAGUCGGCUACAUUGCCACUGUAUUGGUUUCUCUGGUCCCUGUUCAAGGCCCAGUUAAAUUCCAGUCACCCUAUGGAGAGUUUAUUGUUGCCAUUAUCAAGGUCAUUACAUUUACAUUUUAGUCAUUUAGCAGACGCUCUUAUCCAGAGCAACUUACAGUUAGUGAAUGCAUACAUUUAUUUGCAUGUGAUUUUACUAGUUUUUGGAUAGAGUAACUCACUGGUCACUAAAUGUUAUAAAAAGGGGUAGGAAGUAAAGGUGGACAUGUACUUCCAUAGGAGGCUUGUCCAGGGAGGAAGAGGAGGAUGGUCCUCCUCAUUAAUUUAAGGAAAAAGUGAAACAAUUUAACACAUUCAGAAAUCCUCCUAACUCAAAUUAUACCUUUGUUACACACCUCACCUGAAUAUCUGAUUAAACAUACUGGUUUACAGAGAAUGUGACCUUCUGGUUACCAAAGUAGUUUUAACCUCUUAAGGCCCAAGCUGUUUUUUUACAUGCAUUUUUUAUUUCUCUUUGCUAUUUGGGCUUAUUGGAACCUAAUUAGAAUAAAAACUAAGUAUCAUCUUUUGAUAUGAUGUACUUUUAGAGAAAAAUGAUGUCCACAUAUGUGGAUUCAUGGUCCGAAUUGCAUUAGGCUAACAUUUUCAACACAACUAAUUUAAGUAUGUAUGUAUGUAUUUAGUGAUUUAAUUGUUAUUUAUUUCAUUGGGACCAUGUACAGCUUUUUAGCUGCAUCAGAGCUAGCUUUUUUCCCAUUUUACGUGUGUGCAUGUUUACAAGCAUAUUAGCUGUUUCGAGGAGCCUCAGUCCAUAAGUACACUUACGUGUACUUCAUGUUUAGCGACCUACAAAGUUGCUAGUUUUACACUUUUUUUUUUCAAAUUUGCAUGUCAUGACAAAUAUACAAGGCUUUUAUAAAUAUCUAAAUCAGAAUAAGCCAUGAAAUAUGACAGAACUUCUACACAAUUGUGGACAUAAGAGCUAAAAAGUGCUGUCCACGUAUGUGACCACUAAGCCCUAGGAGGUUAAAGUUACUCCACAACAUAAUAUAAAGUGACGGGGGGACAGAGAAAUAGAGCAAAAUAUAACGUUUUUUUCCGGUAGCAGUAAUCAAAAUGUAUUUUGAAAUAGCAAUACAGUGCUCUGUAAUGUUUGGUUGAGGUAUCACAAAGUAUGUGUUUCAUUAAGCCUCUGACGUGCUCUGCCUCCACCCCAUAGGCCUGCUGCGAUUGGAGGAGCUGGUGCGGCGCUUCUUGAUCUCCCGGGAAACACUGUCCAUUAGGAUGCUGGACGAAAGCCUGGACCCCACCCCCCUGCUGAAGGAGAUCAGAGAUGACAAAGUGGCCACUAUCAUCAUCGACGCCAAUGCUUCCAUCUCCUACCUCAUCCUCAGAAAGGUCAGGACCCUCACCAGUCACAAAGACAACUAACAACAGUGUGGUCCUCUGUAUCUCAGGUGAUAGAGCAAGGCGCUUGCAAUGCCAGCAUAGUGGGUUCGAUUCCCGGGACCAACCAUUCGUAAAAUAUAUGCACGCAUGACUGUAAGUCGCUUUGGAUAUAAGUCCUUCUAAAUGACAUGUAUUAUAUAUUAUAGUUUAAAAUCUUUUAAAAAAAAUUAUGUAACAUGUAUAACUCAUAUAUAACACAUUUGUAAGCAGUACAUAAACAUUCCAUAAAUGCUUAUGUCAAGUUGAUAAUUGUAUUAUAGUGAUGUUACCAUGACACAAUUAAUCUACUUGAAGGUGUUGACAUGAGAAUGUAUUAAAUUCAAGAAAUGCUUAAGCACUGCUUAUGAAUCUGAAUCUGCUAUGUAUGAAUUAUUCAUGUGUUAUGAGAUCCUUAUGUAGGUUUGCCUUGCCCAGCUCAAUGUCAUUCUCUGCAAUAUAAAACAUAGUACCAUUUAUCCUACUCUAUAUUGCGUCCAGAAGGCACAUGAUAUAUGUAUGCUUUUAAAUGAUGUAUUAUUCUAUUCUGUAGUCUACUGGUGGCACUACCAGUACCGUAAACUAUGUAAAUGCUAGAUGUAGUGUUCAUGUAUGUUAUGUGUAUGCACGUGUAAUCAACUGUCAAAAUAGCAGAUAUGCGCUUUUAGGUCAAAAUUGUACAUGUUAAACACCUGCUCAUGUGUAUAAAGCUAAUAAACUUGUUAUCUGAAUGCCAUAUGAUAAAGUUACUGCAUCACCCACAGUGCAGUACAGUUCAGUGUAUCAGCACUGUUACAAUGCCCCCCUCUCUCCUUUUCCACCCCUCAGGCAUCAGAACUGGGGAUGACAUCAGCGUUUUACAAGUACAUCCUCACCACCAUGGUAAGAGCAUACCAAUCUAAAUUCUCCACCCCUCCCGCUCCGUACCCUACCCACAAUCCUCUCUGCUUGGCCUAUGGACGGCUAUCGCGGCGGAUCUCAUCUGAAAUGCAUGAUGGGAGUGCACAGUUUGUCAUCAUUAUUUCCCUGCUCAGCGCAUGCCCUUGUGCGAGGUGACUUACAUAGCUAACAAUAUUUUCUACAUCUUAUCCCGUCCCGUCUACAGUGCAGGGAAUUUUUACUGUGGUACUUACAAGGGCGCACGCCUCACACCCCCAAGGGAGAAACGGCAGUUCCCUGAACAUUAGAGAGGGACCAGAAAUCUUUAAAUCAUGACCCUUUCAUUUUCAUAGCUGAAUGGCACGCCACUCUACUGUCUGGAACUAGAACCAUUUGUGUCCUGCCUCCCGGUACCAAAACGCUGUCCCUAUAUUGUACCAUGGUCCUAUAUCGUACUGCUACACUGUGGCCUUACAGUAUACAGCUAUUGUGAGACGCUGUGGUACACUGUUACUACUGCUGUCCAACUGCAAUUCACUUUUUCAGAGCCAUAUUUCAAAUAUACUGUAUUUCAAAAAGAAGAAAGAUGUACUUACUUACUACCCUCUUCUACCCCUAUUCCACACUGCUAUCUCAUACCUCACUGUCGAACAAUCAUUUAAUAUACAGUACCAGUCAAAAGUUUGGACACACCUUCUCAUUCCAGGGUUUUUCUUUAUUUUUACUAUUUCCUACAUUGUAGAGUAAUAGUGAAGACGUCAAAACUAUGAAAUAACACAUAUGGAAUCAUGUAGUAACCAAAAAAGUGUUAAAGAAAUCAAAAGUUAUGGAGGUGUGUUGGGUCAUUGUCCUGUUGAAAAACAAAUGAUAGUCCCACUAAGCCCAAACCAGAUGGGAUGGCGUAUCACUGCAGAAUGCUGUGGUAGCCAUGCUGGUUAAGUGUACCUUGAAUUCUAAAUAAAUCACCAACAGUGUCAUCAGCAAAGCACCCCCACACCAUAACACCUCCUCCUCCUUGCUUUACUGUGGGAAAUACACAGGCCGAGAUCAUCCGUUCACCCACACCGCGUCUCACAAAGACAAGGCGGUUGGAUCCAAAAAUCUCCAAUUUGGAGACCAGACCAAAGGACAGAUUUCCACCGGUAUAAUGUCCAUUGCUCAUGUUUCUUGGCCCAAGCAAGUCUCUUCUUCUUAUUGGUGUCUUUUAGGAGUGGUUUCUUUGCAGCAAUUCGACCAUGAAGACCUGAUUCACUCAGUCUCCUUUGAACAGUUGAUGUUGAGAUGUGUCUGUUACUUUUAUUUGGGCUGAAAUUUCUGAGGCUGGUAACUCUAAUGAGCUUAUCCUCUGCAGCAGAGAUAACUCUGGGUCUUCCAUUCCUGUGGCGGUCCUCAUGAGAGCCAGUUUCAUCAUAGCGCUUGAUGGUUUUUGCGACUGCACUUGAAGAAACGUUCAAAGUUCUUGACAUUUUCCGUAUUGACCGACCUUCAUGUCUUAAAGUAAUGAUGGACUGUCGUUUCUCUACUUAUUUGAGCUGUUCUUGCCAUAAUAUGGACUUGGUCUUGUACCAAAUAGGGCUAUCUUCUGUAUACCCCCGCUACCUUGUCACAACACAACUGAUUUGCUCAAAUGCAUUAAGAAGGAAAGAAAUUCCACAAAUUAACUUUUAAGAAGGCACACCUGUUAAUUUAAAUGCAUUCCAGGUGACUAUCUCAUGAAGCUGGUUAAGAGAAUGCCAAGAGUGUGCAAAGCUGUCAUCAAGGCAAAGGGUGGCUAUUUGAAGAAUCUCAAAUAUCAAAUAUAUUUUGAUUUGUUUAACACUUUUUUGGUUACUACAUGAUUCCGUAUGUGUUUAUUUCGUAGUUUUGAUGUCUUCACUAUUAUUCUACAAUGUAGAAAAUAGUAAAAAUAAAGAAAAACCCUUGAAUGAGUAGGUGUGUCCAAACUUUUGACUGGUAGUGUACAUCACUGGGGAGGGGGAAAACAUUUUGCCCACCUGUAUGGUUUAGCUAGCUCUCUCAGAAUGUUCACUCCCAAGCUCCUCCCUCCCUCUUGUGUCAAUCAGGACUUUCCCCUGCUGCAAUUGGACGACGUGGUGGAUGACCUGUCCAACAUCGUGGGUUUCUCCAUGCUCAACAGCAGCCAUCCCUUCUACCUGGAGUUCAUCAGGAGUCUCAACCUGUCCUGGAGGGAGGGCUGUGACCUCAGCCCUUACCCCGGCCCAGCGGUGAGAACCUGACACCUUCUAUGUGGUUGUACUCAUACACUAUUACUGUUACUAAAACUGAUACUCAUACUCACUCUCUUUCAUAUACCGUACUCAUAUACUCUCAUAUACUAUAACUCAUAUCUUCUGCAAACAGUCAUAUACUGUUUAAAUAGUCUUACUGUCACUCGUAUACUAAUUAUUUACUAACACUCAUAUACUUAUUACUCAUAGUUUUUCUCAUACACUGUCACAUACUGUUACUGCUGUCACUCAUAUACUGCUACAGUAACUUACUCAUAUACUGCUACAGUAACUUACUCAUAUACUGUCAGCCAAGUUUUUUAUUGUGUACUCUCUACUGCUAAGUUACCCACGUGCUGUUACCCGUAUACUCUCGACUAUGAUAACUUGUACUGAUAUAGUAUUAUAUAUUUAAGCAAUAAGGCCCGAGGGGGUGUGGUAUAUGGCCAAUAUACCACGGCUAAGGGCUGUUCUUAUGCACGACGCAACGCGGAAUGCCUGGAUACAGCACUUAGCCGUGGUAUAUUAGCCAUAUCCCACAAACCCCAGAGGUGCCUUAUUGCUAUUAUAAACUGGUUACCAACGUAAUUAGAGCAGUAAAAAUAAAUGUUUUGUCAUACCCGUGGUAUACGGUUUGAUAUACCACAGCUGUCAGCCAAUCAGCGUUCAGGGCUCGAACCACACAGUUUACAAUUUGCACCGUGCCUAAGAACAGCCCUUAGCUGUGGUUUAUUGGCCAUAUACCACUCCCCCUCAGGCCUUAUUACUUAACUAUAACAGUAUAAUGACAUCCAAUUUCACAUUCCCUCAUACAUUCUCACUCAUACACUUACUCGUACGUGCAAUGCCACACAUUUACUCAUACAUUUCUAGGUCAUACACAACAGAGGAGGCUGGUGGGAGGAGCUAUAGGAGGACGGGCUCAUUGUAAUGGCUGGAAUGGAAUAAAUGGAACAGUAUCAAACCCAUCAAACAUAUGGAAACCACAUGUUUGACUCCGUUCCAUUUAUUCCAAUCCAGCCAUCCUCCUAUAGCUCCUCCCACCAGCCUCCUCUGAUACACAGACUUUAUCACUAUUCCUUUUUACACGGUCAAACUGCCAGUCGAAGUACACACAUUGUCAUGCUGUCACUCACAAUCGGCGUGAUUCACACUCUGCCAGGUUGGCUGAUGCCUGACCAGUUGUCAUUCAUUUUUAAAGGGAUACUUCGGGAUUUUGGCAAUGAGGCCCUUUAUCUACUUUCCCAGAGUCGGAUGAACUCGUGGAUACCAUUUUUAUGUCUCUGUGUGCAGUUUGAAGGAAGUUGCGCAAUGACUGGAAGUCUAUGGGUAUUCUAUUGGGAGCUGCCAGCAUGCUAGCAGAUACCCAUAGACUUCCAGUCAUUGUGCUAAUGCUAGUUAGCAUUGGCUCGCGAAACUACCUCUAACUUCCUUCAUACUAGACAAAAAUGGUAUCCACGAGUUCAUCUGACUCUGGGAAGGUAGAUAACGGGCCUCAUUGCCAAAAUCCUAAAGUAUCCCUUUAAGGUUUGAUUGAAUCACACAGCUUUGGCACAGACCACAGUGUCACCUUGAUUGAGUAACGUUACUUCUACCUCAACGUUUCUUUUUGUCUUUCUUUCUCCCUCUCUGUAUAUUUAUGCCUGCCUCUCUCAUCUUUCUCUCUCGCUCUCUCUCUACCAUUGUGCCUCUCUCCAUCUCUCUCUUUCCUUCCCUCCCUCCCUACGUCUUUCUUAUUCUCUCUCUGAACAUUUGUAUCAACUAUUCCCUCCCUCCCUCCCUCCCUCCCUCCCUCCCUCCUCCCCUUCCCUCUCUCUCUCCCACAGCUCUCGUCGGCUCUCAUGUUUGAUGCUGUGCAUGUGGUGGUGGGGGCGGUGCGUGAGCUCAACCGGAGUCAGGAGAUUGGAGUGAAGCCGCUCAGCUGCAGCACUCCUCAGAUCUGGCAGCACGGCACUAGCCUGAUGAACUACCUGCGCAUGGUACCAACACCUGCUCUCUCUUUACACAAUGCUGUCCCAAUGCUGUCCCAAUGCUGUCCCAAUGCUGUCCCAACGCUGUCCCAAUGCUGUCCCAACUAGCCCAUUUUGUAUUAGCCAACUGAUUAAUUUGCCAAGGCGACGAUGUAAUGUUGUUGACUGCAGAAACCGUUAGUUCACCUGUGUGUCUCAACUAGCCAGUUGUGCCACCUGCACAUAAGCCAACUAAUUGCUGUCUUGCCCCAGCAACAAUGUAACAUUGUUUAACCUUUUACUGCAGUGGGCUAAAUCAGGGUAGAGUGUCCCUUGGUAGUCUUAAACAAAUCUACUUUGAAAGAAAAGUAUACACCUCAUGGUUAUGUGCUUACAAAAAAUAAGACACCUGUACCAUGUCAGAUAUAGAGUUCAAAUGUAUUCAAUUUUGAGUUUGCAUUCCAAUAUUACACAUGAUAUACUUCACAGAAGACUGAAAUAUAACAAAACUGUUUGACAUAGAAACACCAGAUUUUCUGCAGUCAUUUGACUGCAGGAAAGGGCUACUACAGGUCCAGCACUUAGUUGAAAUAUGCAAUAUGGCAUGGUACAUCCACCUGUUACUGAACACUGUCCCAACCAGCUUGGCUAGCUAUUGAUGCAGUUGUCCCCUUAGCCAACUCGUUCUCCUGCCAAGGCAGCAAUGUAAUGUAGUUGAAUACAGAACAGUCAGGUACCAGUAGAUUCCAUGCUUAGCUGAAACAUGGCUGCCUUUGGUCCUGAACUACAGAAGAAACAAGGGUUGCGGGACAAAUCCAUUUAAAUUCAGUCAAUUUUCGGGAUGAAUGGCAUUUCAGCUCAUGAAAUAAAAGUGACUGAACUUUUCAGUUCAUGAAGUGAAUCCUGAAUUAUUGAGCAAUUUACUGAGUUGGAUUGGAAUUGACCCCAACCCUACCAGUAGACUAACUAGUGAAUAGCACAGCUCCACUUAUACGUUAGUGCUUGAAGCACUGUCUUAUAACCUUCCUGUCACCGUUGGGACUUUCGGUUGAUGCCAUGUUGAUGCCACUACUGCUCUUGUUUUGUGGGUGUUGUUGCUGUUAUUGUUGUUAGGGUUGUUGGUGUGUAUUGUGGUGUUGAUGGUAUUCUUCCUAUCGUCAUUGUUGCACUCUGCUGGGCAGCGUAGUUUCUCUAUUUUCUCUAUUUUCUCUCCAUCCUCUCCUCCUCCAUUCCUCCUCUCCUAUCGGAGUCUGCCACUUCUUAACUUCCCCCCAUCUGUUUCUCCCCUCAUCUCUCUCCAUCUCAGACAAUGUUUUCUCGCUCUCCGCGCAUCAUUCCAUCAUUCCUACACUCUCUUUGGCAGUGGUUCCACUCCUCUCCCCCUUUCUCCCCUCUCCAUCCCCCACUCUGUUGUUCCUCGUUUGGGCAUCUCUCCUUCUUCCUCUCUUUUAGGGUGUAAUUCAUCCUGAGUCUCUCUCCACGCCGCACAUUCCGUCUCUCUGCAUGCCUAUUGUUUUAGCCAUACAUCUCUCUGUCUCUCUCGCCACUGUCAGCCAUCUAAUAUACUGCGGCCAAGCCUAGCUAUAGCCUGUCUGUUUGUAUGGGCUGAAUCUUUACCUCUCUCUUUCUCUCUGUUCCUCUGUCCCUCCCGCCUCUCUCUAUUUUCCGCUCUCUUUCUCUUGCUACUUGAAAUAAUAAAUGUAUGUUUUCUAUCUAUCUAUCUAUCUCUCUCUCUCUCUCGCUCUCUCUCUCUCUCUCUCUCUCGCUCUCUCUCUCUCUCUCUCUCUCUCUCUCUCUCUCUCUCUCUCUCUCUCUCUCUCUCUCUCUCUCUCUCUCUCUCUCUCUCUCUCUCUCUCUCUCAGGUGGAGUAUGAUGGGUUGACCGGCAGGGUGGAGUUCAACAGCAAAGGCCAGAGGACAAACUACACCCUGAGGAUCCUGGAGAAGCACCGUGGGGGUCAUAAAGAGGUGAAGCGGUCAUGGGUUCAAAUGUCACUGGGUCAUGGGGGGGGGGUCAGGGGGUGAAUGGCUCUAUUUAGGAGUUUAUUUGACAAGCACUGGAGUUAGAUGCAUAUUGACUAAGACAUAAACAUUGAUCAUGGGUUUAACCCUAUUCUCUAUCCAUCUCUCUUUCCUUUGUCAUCCCUGUGUUCAGAUCGGGAUCUGGUACUCUAACAACACGUUGGCGAUGAACUCCACGUCUCUGGACAUCAACGUGUCGGAGACGCUGGCUAACAAGACGCUCAUCGUCACCACCAUAUUGGUAAAAACGUAGUGGUUUUGCACAUUUGCAUUGGUAGAAUGUGAAACUGUUGGUUUUCUGUUGGCCAUUUUGGGUCAAACAACAUUUCUCAAGUGUUCAAGAUUAAUUUCAUUUACCAAGAACAAAAAAAGGAGUCAGUCAGGGGUACACUAAUCAUUUUAUUGUACAGUAACUUGUAAUAUCAGUUCUAUACACCUCAUCAAGUCAGUGCUAAGUAGAUGUUAAUCUCAUUCAUGACUAAUAAGUCACAUAUAGCCACUUAAUGACAAAUCAUUUCGCCAGUGACCUCUAUGCAAGAAAUUACAAUAUAUGUAAAUGCAGGUAUGUGCACGCAUUCCAAGUAAAGAUUCAGCCCUUAGUAAAUGCUUCAAUACACUGUUCCUUAUUUGAAUUAUGAUGAAGAAAUAUUCAGCAACUGUUGGUAGGAUGUUUACAUAAAAAAUAUAUAUUACAUAUAGAUUAACAUUUUUGUCACUUAGCACACGUUCUUAUCCAGAGCGACUUACAGUUAGUGCAUUCAUCUUAAGCUAGCUAAGAGAGAAAAACGCAUCUCACAGCCAUAGUAAGCAAAUGUUUUCCUUAAUAAGUGUCUAUUAGCAAAGUCAGUGUGAGUAUAUAAAAAAAAUAAAAAAAACUAGUUUCGGUAAAUGCCUUCACCUUCUUUGAAUUAUAGCUCUUGAAUGACCUUUUGCUUUCCUUCUAUUGCAGGAGAACCCGUACGUGAUGCGCAAGUCCAACUACCAGGAGCUGCAAGGAAAUGACCGGUACCAGGGUUUCUGUGUGGACAUGUUAAGAGAGCUGUCGGACAUGUUGAAGUUCUCCUUCAGGAUCAAGCUGGUGGAUGACGGACUGUACGGAGCGCCUGAACCAAAUGGAUCCUGGACAGGCAUGGUGGGAGAGCUCAUCAAUAGGGUAAGCCGUCAUUGUAAAUAAGUAUUUGUUCUAAACUGACUUGCCUAAUUAAAUAAAGGUUACAUUUCAAAAAGCACACACAUGCCUACACUCACACGCAUGUACACACACAUACGCACACCGUCUAGACGACUGGUUGUAAAAGUGGGUCGAUAGGGUGGGUCGUCAAUCAGUCAAAGGCAGCCUAAGGUAAUCGCCAUGAUAACUAACGAGAAGCCUGGCUAAAAACCUUGGUCUUGGAGAGCAAUAGGGAUGUGCAGGCUUUGCCCCAGCUCUGCACUACAAAACAUGAUACAAUUAAUCUAAAGUGUGAUGAUUAUUUGAUUAAUUGAAUCAGGUGUUAGUGCUGUGAUUGAACAAAAACCUGCUAAGCUCUCUAGGACCAUGGUUGGUAACCACUAAUCAAAGGGGUGUGAAGUUAUGCAUAUCAAUCAAAGUCUGCUAAUCGUCGGGUUAACCUGUAGCUCUCAGUGGUAAGAACUUAUGGAUAAAGAGCUGGUGUCACAAAAUUCUGUUAAUUUCCCCAAAGUUUUGCAACCCUAGACACAGCUUUUACCACAUACACAAUAUAUACAAAAGUAUGUGGAAACCCCUUCAAGUUAGUGGAUUCAGCGAUUUCAGCCACACCCAUUGCUGACAGGUGUAUAAAAUCAGCCAUGCAAUCUCCAUAGACAAAACUGCCAGUAGAAUGACCGUGGCAGCGUCAUAGGAUGCCACCUUUCCAACAAGUCAGUUCGUCAAAUUUCUUCCCUGCUAGAGCUUCCCCGUUCAACUGUAAGUGCUGUUAUUGUGAAGUAGAAACUUCUAGGAGCAACAACGGCUCAGCCGAGAUCGGUGUGGAAGAACUUGAUUGGCCUGCACAGAGCCCUGACCUCAACCCCAUUGAACACCUUUGAGAUUAGUUGGAACGCCGACUGCGAGCCAGGCCUAAUUGCCAACAUCAGCGCGUGCCCGACCUCACUAAUGCUCUUGUGGCUGAAUGGAAGCAAGUCCCCGCAGCAAUGUUCCAACAUUUAGUGGAAAGCCUUCCUAGAAGAGUGGAGGCAGUUAUAGCAGCCAAACAGGGACCAACUCAAUAUUAAUGCCCAUCAUUUUGGGAUGAGAUGUUCGAUGAGCAGGUGUCCACAUGCUUUUGGUCAUAUAGUGUAUGUGGAAAGGGUUCUACAUGGAACCCAAAAUGGUUCUCCUUGGAACCAAAAGGGUUCAACAUGUAACCAACAAUGGUUCUUCAAAUGGUUCUAGAUAGCACCUUAAGGUUUAGGUUCUAGAUAGCACCUUUAGGUUUAGGUUCUAGAUAGCACCUUUAGGUUUAGGUUCUAGAUAGCACCUUUUUCUCUAAGAGUGUAUACACUGUAAGUGCACACACACCUGCAUUCAUGUGGAGUGAACACACUCUUUGUGGCACACACGGAGAGACACACACAAAUGGAUAUGCAGAGUGAGCCCUCACACACACAAAGUUAUGUAAAUUCCAUGAAAACACACACUCACUAGAUUUUUUAAUAUGCAUACUAAUGCAAUAAGCACACACACACACAAAAACUAACAUUGCCUAAACACUUCAUUAAAUAACACACUAACCCACCCCCUUCUCUCCCUCUCUUCUGGUACGGCAAGAUGAAAGUGGGUGAAACUCAUUAAUGAGUCUGUCCUCGUUAAUCAAUUAAGCUGUAAUUAAGAAACUGAGAGGUGUCUGGUGUCUUGUUUUUGUUGGAUCAGCCAUGCACUCUAUGAUGACUGUGUCCUCUAUGGUGUUUCCCGGCCCUCUCCUUCCUCUCGACCUCCCUCUUGAAGACUAUUCCCCUCCUGCUCUCCUAUAUGUCAAGACUGCUUUCAAGUCCUCCUCGAUAACCCCAAUUGACAUCCUUUUUUUUUUUAUCUCUCUGCUCUCUCUUCCUCUUUCUUCCACUCCCCUCUGUCUUAAAUCUGUCUCCCUCUAUAUUUUUAUCUUUCUGUCUUUUCUCUCUCUCUCCCUCUCUCCCUUCUCUCUCUUUACCUCUCUCUCUUUCUCUCUACCCCCCCCCCCCCCCCCCGCCCUAUCCAUCUCCGACCCUCCCUCUCUACUACAGAAAGCAGACUUGGCGGUAGCUGGGUUCACCAUCACCUCAGAGAGGGAGAAGGUUAUAGAUUUCUCCAAACCGUUCAUGUCUCUGGGCAUCAGCAUCCUGUACAGAGUCCAUUUGGUAAGAUGACCACAGAGACCAGUCCAUUUAGUUAUGAUUUACCACUAAUGGUAAGGCACUGUCAUUAAGUACAGAUUAUGUGUGCUGUACUAUGUUGGUGCUUUUCCACUGUGGGAGUUGUCACUGCUCUUCCCAUGUCCUUAGUGUCAGUGUUAGCUAUGAAAAAGCAAUUUCCCCAGUAUGACACAGAAGUCCAUGGAAAGCCUCAAGCUGGACCAGGGCUGCAGUAGAAAAUGCACUGUUUUGUACAUUGUUCCGUAUAUGGCUUAGUUGUUACUACCUCGGGUAACACUUUAUUUGUGUGCCUAUAAACUGUUUAUAGAUCAUUAUAAAUGGUUUGUUAAGCAUUAGUAAACUGUCUAUCAGAUGAGGAUAUAUUUAGUACCAUUGGUGGGUACAGUACAUGUAUAAAUAAUUUCUUAUGAGGACACGUAAUCAUAUACAAGUCAUGAAUAUGCAUGUAUUCAAACUAUGUAAUGAUGAUUAUAAGCAUUUUAUAAGCAGACAUUAAAAUAAAGUGUCACCCAACCGGAUUCAUCCAAAAAGCAAUUAUAAUUUAUGGACAACAAACAAACAAACAAACCACAUUACUCUGUAGUGUAAUAUAUUCCAUUAUCAAUGUAAUUACUCAAGCUGUCCUGGGUCGUAUUCAUUAGGUACCAAAUGGAAGAAAAUGGACUGAAACAACUUGUUUUCAUUUUCUGUUGCAAAACCUUUUGCUCUGUUGUGUCCUAAUGAAUUCGACCUUGUACUCACAUUGCCCAGUCUGUAAUGCAAUCAAUGCUAAUACUCUGCCCCAUUGUGUUUGAAAUCUGAACCGUCCAGUAUUGAUCUCCAUUAACACAAGCUUUGUCCUCGUCCUCCAAUCAGGGACGGAAGCCCGGUUAUUUCUCCUUCCUGGACCCGUUCUCGCCGGCCGUGUGGCUCUUCAUGCUGCUGGCCUACCUGGCUGUCAGCUGUGUGCUCUUCCUAGCCGCCAGGUAGCUAACUACCCCACCUAGUGGGCUGGGGGACACCUCAACUUGCAUACACUAGCUAGAGCAGCCUGGUGGUCCUAUAUCUGUUGGCUAGAUAUGGGACCAGGUUAUACAUGUGGCUCUAAGUCUUCUUUCCCUCAUCUACUUAUCUAAUAGAGAGAAGUGAAAUGCAAUUUUGAAGAUCCUUUUUCACUCAUUAAGACAUGAUGCUAGUAUGUGUAAAUCAUAUGUUGAAGACUAAAGCUCAUAGUCCACCUCUCUCUCUGUCCACCUCCCAGGCUGAGUCCGUAUGAGUGGUACAACCCCCACCCGUGUCUGAUAGGGCGAAAGGACAUGCUGGAGAACCAGUACACCCUGGGCAACAGCCUGUGGUUCCCCGUUGGAGGCUUCAUGCAGCAGGGCUCUGAGAUCAUGCCCCGCGCCCUGUCCACACGCUGCGUCUCCGGGGUCUGGUGAGUGUGUAUGGGGUGUGUGGGAGGGGGGGUUUGGGACGUGUGUGUGUGUCUAGCUACAGUAUCAAUCUCUGUAUUCCUUCCUCCUUCCCUACUCCACUUUACUCUUCUCCCAAAGCUACUGUUCAUCAGAUCAGCCAGAUGGCAGUCAUACGGUGAUGGGAAUUAUCUUAUGCUGCAGUAUUACACCCAACCUCAUCCACUUCUUACUCUAGUUAGUUAGCUCCGUUGACUCUGAAUUGUCUUGAUACUGCAAUGCGCUGUUCAGAAUAAAACUGUGUUCAACCUAAAGGGUAAAGUAGUACAAUAAGUUACUUUUUUUGAUAAUUAUGUAGAUGCUCAGACAAUCAACAAACGUUUCAUUAGAUCAGUGCAGCAGCACUCUGUGAAUGGAAAGAGUUCAACGAUUUGUCAUUUUGACCUUCACAAGAAUUCAGAACAAGAACAAAACUUUGAGGUGUAAUACAAUGGGACGGUCUACUGGACAAAGAUUAAGCCUAUUUCUGGACAAAGAUGAAGGGUUCUGAUAACUUACUCACGUUUCCCAGGUUUUUCAAAAAUCCUGGGUGGAAGAUUUCAAGAAUCAGGUGGGAAUAAGGAGUGAAAAAGCAGGAAAUGCAACCAGGAUUUUUGGAAAAUCUGGGAAUUUUGGGAAAGUUACCAUAAUUCUGCCACCCUAUUCUGGACUAACAACUAAGAUCAUAUAGGUUGCUUUUUUAGUCCAGGAGUAGCCUAGGCUUAACUUUGCCAUAAUGUAACUUGUGAUAAUAUGCCUGUCCUCUGUCCCUCCCUCCCAGGUGGGCGUUCACUCUAAUCAUCAUCUCCUCCUAUACGGCCAACCUGGCAGCCUUCCUGACCGUCCAGAGGAUGGAGGUGCCCAUCGAGUCGCCUGACGACCUGGCUGACCAAACAAACAUCCAGUAUGGCACCAUCCAAGGAGGCUCCACCAUGACCUUCUUCAUGGUGGGGAUUGCAACAUUAUCUCACAGCCUCAUGGCAAAAUGUGUAAAAUAGCAUGAGAUUAGCUAUAAAACUGCUAAUUGCUCAGACGUUGCGAGGGGCCCAACGACACUGCGGUAUGCCACUGGUUCAGGGGUGAGAGAGAGAGCGAGAGAGAGAGCGAGAGAGCGAGAGAGCGAGAGAGAGAGAGAGAGUGAGAGAGAGAGAGAGAGAGAGAGAGAGAGAGAGAGGAGAGAGAGAGAAGAGAGAAGAGAGAGGAGAGAGAGAGAGAGAGAGAGAGAGAGAGAGAGAGAGAUAGAUAGAUAGAUAGAUAGAUAGAUAGAGGUACAGGAAGGAUGGGGGUUAAUGUGUAUUUGGUGGGGGUACAUGUGUUUGUAUCACAGGGUAUCACAAAAAGUUCUAAACCCUUAUUUUCUUGCCAUGACAACCUUCAACACACCCAUAAACAGAACUCGCGCUACCAGACGUACCAGCGUAUGUGGAACUACAUGCAUUCCAAGCAGCCCAGUGUGUUUGUGAAAAGCACGGAGGAGGGCAUCGCCCGUGUGGUCAACUCUAAAUAUGCCUUCCUGCUGGAGAGCACCAUGAACGAGUACCACCGCCGCCUCAACUGUAACCUCACCCAAAUAGGAGGUCUGCUCGACACCAAGGGCUACGGCAUCGGCAUGCCCCUGGGUGAGUGGAGAGGGAGUGUGGUCGGGGGGAGGGGGAGAAUGAGGGAAGGAGAGAAGGAUGGGGUAGGAGGCAUGCUGGACACCAAGGGUUACGGUUGUAGACCUUAACCACCAAGAGCUUUAGUCUUAUUUGGUGUAAUUACAUCUAACGUAUCAUGUUAUUACACCUCUCUCUCAUUUUAUUUUCAAGAUCAAAAUAAAUGUAAACUUGCAUAUUCUUGCUGGAGGCCCACUUUAACAUCAAACCCACAUGGUUCAGAUUGAUUCCUAACUACAUAUUACAGCCUCGGGACAAAUGACCAUACAGGUCACUCUGUUUUAGCCUCCCACCAUAUCCACUAUCUCUUUCAUCUGUUAAAUCCCCUAAUCCAUCAUCAAACAAUUCCAAUCGCAAAAAAAAAAAAUGUCUCCCAAGACUUCACUGAAUUUCAAAACAUCAAAGUAGGCCUCAGAGAUACAGUAUCACAUUUCCCUCAAGGACUGACUAGGGAUACAUGUUUCCUCUUUCUUUCCUCAACAUGCCUUUACAUUGCCUUCCAGCCCAAAGGUCUCAUCACCCACAUUUUCAAUAAAAAGCCUGUCGCCAUGGCUACGGUUGCUUGUUCCUCAGCAACCUUGAUGUUACACAAGCAGGUGGUUCUCAACAACAGACUCAUGGACAGACUUGGUUCCUUGUUUUUUUAGGAAAUAUGUCUUUACAUGACUCCAGUUAUGUGUGAGCUCUUUCGCUUUCCCUAUUAGCCGGGGUUGGAAUUGGGGUGGAACGCUUGGGAACAGAGGUCCCAAAGUGAAAAUCUCAGGAGGAACAUUUUGACAUUUAACAUUUAGUUAGCUUUGUUAGCGGAGAUCCAUCUGUGGGGUUCAGAGAGUGAUUUCUCCAGGUUCCACCCCAGCUUAGCCUAUUACUGCAUAUUAACAAUAUGUCUGGUUGGCCUACCUUACGACCUCUGACUUACAUGUAUAAUUGGUCUUUGUUGCAUUGGCACAACAGCAUGGAUGCCAAACCUCUAAGGUUACAGUUGGCUCACAUGUAGUGCAGAGCCCCAAUUAUACAUUUCUCUCUGUCUCUCUCCCUCUCGCUCACUCACCCCCCCCCUCAUUUUCUUUCUCCAUCACCACAUUCUCUACCUCUUUGUUAAGCCCUCUCUAUUCCCAAUCCUCUCUUGCUUCCUCGCUCCAUCUUGAUUCGAUUCAAUUCAAUGAACUUUAUUGGCACGAUAAGUCACUAUCUUUUAUUGCCAAGCAAGGACACAGGAAGUUAAAUCAAUAAUGAGGACAUGGUGAUACACAAUGAAUAGUAAACACAAUUAACAAUACAGUAAUAUUGUUCUCUCUCUCUCUUUCAAUCCUUCACUCCCUCCUUCCUUGUCUGUCUGUUUCUCUCUCUCCCUCUCUCCUUUCCUCCCUCUCUCUGUAACUCUCCCUCUCUCUCCCUCCCUCCCGCCCUCUCUCUCUUUCUCUCCCCAACCCUCUAUCUCUCUCCCUCCUCCCCCUCUUCCUCAGGCUCACCGUUUAAAGAGGAGAUCACUCUGGGGGUGUUACAGCUGGCAGAGAACAACAGGCUGGAGAUCUUGAAGAGGAGGUGGUGGGAAGGGGGGCAGUGCCCCAAGGAGGAGGACCACCGAGCCAAGGGUGGGUACAGCACCACCUGUGCUAGUAGUUUUUAUUUUACUUAACCAGGAAGUCCCAUUGAGGUCAGAAGACUUCUUUCGAAACGGAGACCUGGCAAAAUACCAGCACUAAUGAUUAGGGGCCCCCCAUAUCAAGCGUUUCAGAGUAGGACUGCUCAUCUAGGAUCAGUUUUUCCUUUUUUAUCGUAAUCAAUAAGAUUACAUGGACAGGGGGGACCUGAUCCUAGAUCAGCACUUCUAAUCUGUGAGGCUUGAUACAUACGGCUAGUGGUCUGCAAUGAAACACUUGUGGGGAAAUUAAGUAGGACCCUAACCCUCACAUACCCUCACAACCCAGCAUACCUUGAAUUAGGCUAGUAAAUACACAACAUUUCCAACCAGGAGUGGAUCUCCAUCAGGUCCUAGUCUUGGAGGUGCUCUAAAAUGUUUAUAAGGACACCCACGUUAAUCUUUUCAACGAGCACCCAGCAACCGUCAUUUGAACUUUGCUAUUAGAAUGUAUACUAAUUGCUGAGAUUAUGUUAAUUUGUUCCAAACCAGCUCCUAUGCAGUCACAUUAGAAUUGCACACUACUAAUGUACACAAUAACAGUUGUACACAAUACAAUGCAGACAUUUCCUCAAGUAGUAGCAAGCACUUGUUUCUUAGAUACUCAUAAAGUCAAUGUUUUUUGGUAUCACAGAAUCGUGGACACAAGUGUAUUGGUAAAUGUAGCCCAUUCUAUUCCCAUCACAAUGACUCACAGCUGGAAAAUUCCAUUUGCGUUAGAUAUGUGUGUAACAUGUUGGGUUUAUUAUGCCUCAUCCUUAAAGAUGGAUUCCGCAGUAGGGGAAAACGGUGUCACUGUCCGCCCCACCACCACCAUUGUUAUUGUUUUGUUUUGUUGACGAAGCACAGGUGACGAGCAUCUCGCAACAUGAAAAUAAUAAUUGCAGUACAUAUUCUGCUGUUCUAUCGAGCAUGCAAGUUCGAAGGGAAAAACAGUGUUCGUUGUUUGCAAUAACUUCUUUGUUGUUAUAAUAUCUCAAACGGAUGUGGCAGUUUCACCAUUAAGGAUUCCAGGUUUAAGAACAAACCAAAUUUGGAAGAUUUAUUUUAUUAGUGUUAUGAUUACUGCAUAUAAGUGUCUACAUGGUGUGUUUGUUUGUGUGUGUUUGUGUGUGUGUGCACGUGCACGCGUGCGUGCAUGUGUGCCAAAGCAAAUUUUGUAUUUGCUUUGCCUGUGUGGUAGACAUUUCCCCUUUUCCGAAAUGUUUCUUAUUUUUCAUUUCUACUGUUUCCUUUUGGGACAUCUGCUUUUGGGACUUUCUGUCCCCUUCUCCCAUUCCAAAUGCCUAGAUAGCUACAAGCAACAGACUGGACAAUAUAGAAUAAGACGUAGCACGCUAGAUGUUGUUUGUGUUUUGCAUAUUAGGCAGCCCACAGUAAGACACAGGUUUGUCCCAAAUGGCACCCUAUCCCUAUAUAGUUCACUACUUUCGACCAGACACACUGGUACUAGUUAUGGUUGAGUCAUCCAUGGGAUAAAUCGGUAUGCCCUCAGGUUAAAGCAGUGAGACUUGAGCCUUUGUUUUGAUACACUCGACAUAACAAGGGUACUUGCAUUCUUAUGAGACAUUUUGAAGAUAAAAAACAUAAAACCUUCAUGUUGAAUAUUCUGUCUUAAAAAUAGAACAGGAAGAGCCAAAGGUGAUUCUUGUGGUUGAUUUACUUAUUAAGUCAAUGAAUGCAGGAUUGAUGAAUUGUACACACACACAACAAAUCAAAUCAAAUCAAAUUGUAUUUGUCACAUGCGCCGAAUACAACAGGUGUAGUAGACCUUACCAUGAAAUGCGUACUUACAAGCCCUUAAUCAACAAGGCAGUUCAAGAAAUAGAGUUAAGAAAAUAUUUACUAAAUAAAGUAAAACAUUUAAUAAAAAAGCAACAUAAUAAAAUAACAAUAAUGAGGCUAUAUACAGGGGGUACUGGUAUCGAGUCAAUGUGCGGGGGUAAAGGUUAGUCGAGGUCAUUUGUACAUGUAGGUAGGGGUAAAGUGACUAUGCAUAGAUAAUAAACAGCGAGUAGCAGCAGUGUAAAAACAAAAAGGGGGGUCAAUGUAAAUAGUCCGGGUGGCCAUUUGAUUAAUUGUUCAGCAGUCUUAUGGCUUGGGGGUAGAAGCUGUUAAGGAGCCUUUUGGACCUAGAGUUGGCGCUCCGGUACCGCUUGCCGUGCGGUAGCAGAGAGAACAGUCUAUGGCUAGGGUGACUGGAGUCUUUCACAACACACAUACUCACUGUGGGGACAUUAUGCCGCUUAAGGUUCAUUUAGCUUUUCUCCCCUUAAGGCUUUGUAUAGAGAGUAUCAAAGGGACCUUAUGAUCCUGUGGAGGCUAUUUCGUUGUGUACAUUUGCCUGUGCUUUUUCUGUCCCCUAUGUGUGUGUGCGCACGUGCCUACACACAGCUCUACCAUUACCUCUCUAUCCAUGGGUGAGAACUGCAUACAUCAUUAAUCUGUUCCUCCCCAGGUCUGGGCAUGGAGAACAUCGGGGGUAUCUUCGUGGUGUUGAUCUGUGGCCUCAUCAUCGCCGUGUUUCGUGGCCAUCAUGGAGUUUGUGUGGUCCACCCGCCGCUCGGCAGAGACAGAUGAGGUACGCCCUCACUUCUGCCCCGGCCGAAACCACAGACACCCUCCAGUAGGUUACUAUGGCAACACAACUCCCGCCCGCCAGCCCGCUCUCUCUCCCUCUCUCUCGUGUGGUGUGUAGUGCAGUGCAGUGAAUGUUGUGCUUUGGUGUCGUUGUGCUGAUGUGUAAAUGGCUGCAAGCAAACAGAGGGUGAUGGUCGUCGUCUGCGUUUCCUUUCUUUCUCCCUCUCCGUCGCUCUCUCGCUCCCUCGUCUCCCUAGCUCUCUGUCUAGGCUGUCUGUAAUUCAGUUCUCUCUCCCCCGCUCUCUCUCCCUCUCUCUCCCUCUCUCUCUAUCCCUCUCUCCCCCUCUCUCUCUCUCCCUCUCUCUCCCUCUCUCUAUCCCUCGCUCCUUUGUCUCUCUCUCUGUGUUUUGUGUUGGUCAUUGUUAUUCCUCUCUCUAGUCCAUUGUGUUGUUUAUUUCAUUGUCGUCUGGGUAAAACGCUGUUUGUGACUUUCAUUUGCUCCUGCUUUAUCUCUGCUUGCUGCUUUGUUUGUUUUUGUGAUUCCUGUCUCAGUUGUCUCUCCCUCUCUCCAUCUUUAUCUCUGUUCUGUAUUUGACAUCCUUUUGAAUAGUGUCACUAGAGGUAGCUACUCAUUACUCAUAUUUUCGUUGCCCAGAGGUCACACCGUAUUUGAACAGUACAACAGCUUUAGUAAACCUCGGAAGAUUUUGCUCUCUCUUUCUCUCCCUCUCUCUCUACCACAUUCACACUAUCAUCCCCUUCUCUCUUCAUCUCCCCCCGUGUAGCUCAGUUGGUAGAGCAUGGUGCUUGCAACGCCAGGGUUGUGGGGUUCGUUUCCAGUAUGAACUCACUAACUGUAAGUCGCUCUGGAUAAGAGCGUCUGCUAAAAUGACUAAAAUGUAAAAAAAAUUAAAUCUCCAUAUCGCUCCUCUCCCUCUCUCUGUCGUUCUCCCUCUCUCUAUCUUCCUCUUCUCUCUCUCCUAGGUGUCAGUGUGUCAGGAGAUGCUGACUGAAUUCCGCAACGCCAUCUCCUGUAAGAAGAGCUCACGCUCUCGGCGCCGGCGGCCCUUGGCCAGCACUGGCGGCGUCCUGCGCCACCCCAGCCGCCUCCAGCUGGGUGUCCCGAGACCCAUCCGCCUAGUCCGCGAGAUGCGCCUCAGCAACGGCAAGCUGUACAGCAGCUCGGGCCACCUGACGGGUGGCGGGGGAGCAGCAGGGGGGGUGUGCGGGGCCGUAGGGGGGGGACCGUCAGACAUGGGUCCGGGGCCACAGCGCCUCCUGGAGGACCCGCUGGGUGCCAACACCACAACGCCCCCUCCCCCGCCCGAGGCUGCCACGGCACCUCCCUCUCGGAGCUGUGCCCACGUGCGGAUCUGCCAGGAGUGCCGGCGCAUCCAGAGCCUGAGGUCGGCAUCGUCCUGCUCACGCAUCCCGCCCCACCUCGGUCCACACUCUUCCCUGUCCCUGCCCCGCCUCCCUCCACCCCCGCCCCCCUCCUCCACCAAUACCGACAGCGAGGGGGGCGGCUGCGGCACAGUGAGCCCCAAGCGCCCCAAACCUAAGCCCACGCCCCCUCCACGGCCCUUACCCCCGGCCAAGACGCCCACCACAGACCUGCUGCUGGGGAAACAAGACUGAGGAGGGACGGAGGGGUUGGACAUGUGACAAGAGUCGAGGGUUAAAAGUCAAAGGUCAGGGUUCUUACAGAGAAACGCGUAGGAACGAGGAGUGGAGGGGGCUGUGAGCUUGUAGCGCAUUGCACGGCAGAAUCAAACCACUCUGACACGUUUGAGAGGGUGGCGAAGGGGUUAUUCUCCACGGCCGAAUUUGGGGAGAUACCAACCCAGUCAAGGCCGUCCUCCUAAACCAGGAGUCCUGCUAAGCAAUGGAACAGGCUGUCUAUGGAGUGGAAAAUGACUUUUGACCACAUAUGACAGUUAGCUGCCUACGGUGCAUUGAGAGACCAUCUGGUGACCGUUCGACAGUAGGCAUAAGUGUGUUCAAACUGCCCGGUUUAGCUUUUGACCUUCUCUCUCUCUUUCACUUGGAUCUGAUGGAGGACUUCACCUAUCCCACAAGCGCCAGAGAGGUUCAGGGGACCAUAGAGACUUCAACCACACACACUUACACAGAAACUCUUGCGCUUAGAGAAGUUGGUUCUCACAAGAAGAUGCAUAGUUUUUCCCCAGAGCUGCUGCAAGAGCUUGAACUUUGGAAUUCUGGGACAUGUAAAACCAGAGGAUAAAAAAAAUGUGUUUUUUAUUUGCUUUCUCUCAGAGUCUAACUCGCCUAAUUUAUUUUAUAUCUUUCUUUCUUUCGUUAUAUAUUUUUAUUGUUGUCAUUGGUUUCUUGGUCACUGUUUAGUUAUUGACUCAUGUUUUUGGUUUGUCAUUAAAGAUCCUUAAAAAAGCCAAUGUGGAGAUCAUGACCAUUUGUGCAUAAAUUAGGUCUCUUUCCCACCAAUCACAAGCCCGGGAGCAAAGUUCAAAGGUCAAUAGUCUAAAGAGGACUUCUCUAAAACAUAUACUGACAGUAUACCCAGAUCAAAUGACUCAAAAUUACAGUCCAUGUUGGCUUGUCACAGUAGCAGAGUGUGGCUUUGCAUUCCACUGAUCAACAAGCUAGUUUUGCCACAGAGUUUUAACCACAGAGUUAGUGUAUCGGAGUUCAUUACGGAGCAUCAGAGCUACAGAACGCAGUUUAACAACACAAUAUGUUGUGAAUCCUUCAAACAGAUCAGAAUUUAAGAUACUGGAUAUAAAGAGCAAGGGAAAAGGAGAAUACCAUCCUCAGCAAAAGGAAUGACAAAUGAGACAAAAUGAUGAUUAAAUAUAGUUAUACAAAGCAGAACAGGAGAAACGUAAUGCACAGUCCUUUCUGGCCAAAGGUGACAGGAAACCUGUGUUAAUGUGUGUUCUGUGGGAUUCAUAUGGGUGUCAUAAGUUUGUAUGUGUGUGUGCGUGCAUACAGAGGAAAGGAUGGGUCAAAGUGCAUUUUGUUUUAUUUUAUGCUCUUUCUUUUUUUCUUUCUUUCUUAUUUUCCCUCAGGUUUCUAUACCAGUGCUAAAUGGAUUAUUAAGAAAAUGACGACAAAUAUAUAUUAUUAUAUUGUUAUUAUUAUUACAGUUGACGUGUGGGGUACUGUAGGAGGGCCGCAGUCCUCUUAUGUUAAAUAUAUAGACACACAAAGGUAUUUGGAAUAAAAAAACAGUAUACAAACUACUGAAUCUGGUGUCUUUGCAUAUGUCCUGUGUGUGCAUGAACAUAAACGUGAUUUCAUAUCUAUAAGUUACAAUUUCCUGAUGUAUGUAGUUGUGUCGUUGGUGGUCUGUCACACAGGAUGCUGUACACUGCACUGGCAGAUUCAUACAAGUCAUGAGAGGCCUCAACAAUACAUUGUGUCUCAGUAGAAGGAUCUACAGUGCAGUAGAGUACAGUACAGUACAGAAUAGAGUCAUUCAGUUUGUAAAAGCGACAAGUAGCAUGCAUUUUUCUCUGUCUAGAACGGUUUUAGACGUCCUGGAUGGAUUUGUUUAUUUUGAGGUCACUUGUGACUUUUGAUGUCAGCUGUUGGUAAGAUUCAUUAAUACAUUUUGACUGUUGCAUUAAAUAGGGGAGCGAAGAAAACAAACUUUCUUGAUGUAUUGGGUGGAUUGUAUCUCUCUUACCACUGCAGAUAGUUUAGGCCUAUAUCCAUGCCAUCCACACUUGUUUGCUGAAGUAAAACUAAUCUCUCUCAGGAUACUGCAAUGGAGAGAGCCAACUGCCAGCUGGCCCUGUGUUUGUGGUACUGGGAAAGAAUGCCACGUUUAAUACCACCCUCAAACCCUCAGAUGUGGUCAACUUUAUCACUGUAGCAAGGAAUUUCAAUGGUGGCAGUGGACUUGUACCUGUAGUCACUUCUGCGCCCAGAGGACAGACAGUUGGCGCUACGCAGGAAGAGUGUCAUUGAAUUAAUCUACCUGCGCCCGACUUGUACCUUUGAUGACGAAAGAUAGCAGGGAUUAUUCCCUACCUUCAGGCUUGUAUAUAUAAAAAAGAUGAUUACAAGCGCCUAUAUCUGGUAUUUUUUAUUUGGGAUAGAGAGAUUUGAUAGAUUUUCACAGCACAACAUCCCCUGGCCAACCUUCAGCUUCUCUUACCACAGCCACAUCUUCACACAGUAUGAGGCCAUCACUAAUCUGACACAGGAUCAGUAGUUAACAGUGUAAUACAGCCACUCCACAAUGCUAACCAGUGCCACAGGGUGUCAGUAGGCCUAUAGUCAAGGCAUUGAGGAAAACUGGAAAAUACACUCCAUGUAAAGGAGUUCUUAAUUCACCUGACUCCUUCAGUUACAGGUUAUGAGAUAAUUGUAAUGUUCAUAUUUGUGUAACACAGCUAGUGUCAACAUAAAAGUGACUUUAAAUGUACAUUGAAGAUUCCAGUUCCCGCUGUCUCACAGGAUGUUGUGCACUGUAUUGGCACAUCUAUACAGGUCAUGAGAGAUCUCAACGAUGUACCAUGUCUCAAGGAUCUACGGUAGAAUAGAAUAGAUACUUUAUUGUCCAGACUGAAUUUUUCUUUACUUCUGUCUGAUAUUCUGCCUCCAAGACCUAGUCUCAGAAAUUCCAGACCUAGAAACAUAGUUAAUGUGGGAGGCAACCCGUCUGCCUAAGGAAGACCCAAACCUUGUGCCCACUGUACAACUGAACUGUCAAGAUGAAACCUUGUCUACCUUAUUCCACUGGGUGUCAGCCCUGUCAAGGCAGAUGGCAAAAUCAAACGUUUACCUAAAACAAUUACAAUAGACUACUGUACAAUGUUUUUUAGGGUUUGGGGUGAAUAUCUUUUUAAAACAUAGAUGUAUUUUUUUGUCUUAGAAAUUGUUUCCCAUGGUGGAAAGGUACAGUAAUUCCUACUUUUCAAGCAAUACAUUGUAUUUAGUUUUUCUUAAAUGGUUGAAUUGCUACAUUUGCAGUAAUAGUAGCCUUGCCAUUAUAUGAGCUGAUAUGAUGACGUGUCAUAAAUUGUUAGGCUAUUUGAAAUAUUUUGGGCACACAACUAGACAGUAUAAUUUAUUCGAUUUUUUUCAUUCUCAGCAGUAAUAAGAGUUGGUAGUAUGUCAAAAUAGAGUGUGGUAUGUGGAUGGGUAGCAAUCCAUUCUAAGAGGCGGGUUUACUGAUGUUGACACCUUUACUGGGUGUGUACCAUUAGGGAGAGUACUCAUUCAGUUUGUGAAAGCAACUGGUAGUCCGCAUUAUUCUCUGUCGCAAGAAGGGUUCCAGACAUCUGGGAUGGAUUUGUUUAAUUUGAGGUCGCUUGUCAUUUUGCUGUCAGCUGUUGGUAAGAUUCAUGAAUAUAUUAAUUAUUGUUAGCCCUACAUUUAAUAGUGGACCGAAGAAAACAAAAUGUUUUGAGAUGUGUUUGGGUGGGUUUGUUUUUGGAGGCGCAAUCUGAAGGUGCAUUGGCGUUGUUGUAGUAGAAUGCCUUUUUCAGGCCAAUAAUAGGCUACCAUAACAAACAUGUAUUUAUAGUUGUUCACUAGUGCAUUGCUUUUAGCUUGCUUCUGUCUUGAUGUCUAUCACACACUUAUAUGUUGAAGUGAACACCUUUACUCAAACUGGUUUCUCUCAGGACGCUGCAACGGGCAGAGCGUACUGCCAGCGGGCCCCUUGGAGGGAGUACAGGGAAAGAACGUCACGUUCAAAACCAUCAUCAUGCCCACAGAUGUAGGCAACUUUAUCACAGUAUCUUGGAAUUUCAAAGGUGCUAGUGGACUUGUACCUGUUGUCACUUCUGCGCCCAAAGGAGAGACAGUUGGCGCUGGCUACGCAGGAAGAGUGUCACUGAAUUCAUCCACCGGUGAAUUGAAACUGGGAACCUUGACGGCGAAGGAUAGCGGGGACUAUGCGGUGACCAUGGUCACAAGUGCUGCAGAACAGCGCACAGGUGUAACGGCGCUCAGAGUUCUAGGUGAGUACACAUUUUGGCAUAUGUUUGCCAAAAUCAACUUUGUUAUUUACUUCCUGGUUAAGCGAGCAGUGUGUCAAGAAGCAGUGCGGCUUUUCGGGGUCGUGUUUCGGAGGACACAUGGCUCUCGAUCUUCACCUCUCCCGAGUCCGUACGGGAGUUGCAGCGAUGGGACAAGACUGUGACAAAAUUGGGGAGAAAAAUAUAUAAAAGCCUAAAACGAUCAAAGUGAGAAAUAAACUGAAAAGGUGCUGCUAAGCCUAUAGGCUCAGGGUCUUUGAAUUAAAUCCAUCUUUAGGGUGUGGCCCUGUUGCUUGGAAAAGGGACCUUCUAACCUACUACCACACUCUAGCAAUAUGGGAUGGAGUUAUGUCACUGGCAUGAUACUGUAAUGCUACAGACCUAGGCCUAUCUUCAGCAGUGUGGGUGUCUGUGAUGGCACAACGGAUUUCCCGGAUUGAUGCUUAUCCAUGCCAAUAUCCCAAAUUAGUUUUGCCAUAUCUCAGCUAGACACAUACAGUGCCUUCAGAAAGUAUUCAUACCCCUUGACUUAUUCCACAUUUUGUUGUGUUACAGCCUGAAUUAAAAGUGUAUAAUAAAUACAAAAAUCUCACCCAUCUACACACAAUACCCCAUAAUGACAAAGUGAAAACAUGUUUUUUGACAUUCUUGCACAUUUAUUGAAAAUGAAAUGCAGAAAUAUCUCAUUUACAUGAGUAUUCCCACCCCUGAGUCAAUACUUUGUAGAAGCACCUUUGGAAGCGAUUACAGAUGUGAGUCUUUCUGGGUAAGUCUCUAAGAGAUUUCCACACCUGAAUUGUAAAAUAUUUGCCUAUUACUCUUUUCAAAAUUCUUCAAGCUCUGUCAAAUUGGUUGUUGGUCAUUUCUAGACAACCUUUUCCAGGUCUGCCACAGAUUUUCAAGUAGAUUUAAGUCAAAACUGUAACUCGGCCACUCAGGAACAUUCACUGUCUUCUUGGUAAGCAACUCCAGUGUCUGUUGGAAAGCAGACUGAAUCAGGUUUUCCUGUGCUUAGAUACAUUCUAUAUUUAUUUUUUUAUCCUGAAAACUCCCCAGUCCUUAACGAUUACAAGCAUACCCAUAACAAAAUGCAUAGCGCAUAGAAUUAAAAAGGUAUUGUCAGAUAUUAUUCAUCCUAGUCAGACAGGUUUUUUUACACGAUACAUUGGAGAUAAUAUAAGACAAGUAUCUGGGAACCCAGGCCUGGUAUUCAUUGCCUAUUUUUAAAAGGCUUUUGAUAAAGUACGACUAUAAUUAAUAUAUAUAAAUGCCUGGACUAUUUAAUUUAGGAAAAUAUCUUAUACAAUGGGUUAAAGUUAUGUAUAGUAACCCCAGGUGUAAAAUAAUAAAUAAUGGCUACUUCUCAGAAAGUAUUAGACUGUCAAGAGGACAAAAACAGGGUUGUCCACUAUCGGCAUAUCUAUUUAUUAUGGCCAUCGAAAUGUUAGCUAUUCAAAUCAGAUCCAACAAUAAAAUCAAGGGGCUAGAAAUCCAGGGCUUAAAAACAAAGGUGUCAUUGAACACUGACGACUCAUGUUCUUUUAAAUCUGCAAUUUGGAUCCCUGCACAGCCUCAUAGAGGAUCUAGAUAACUUUUCUAACCUCUCUGGAUUACAACCGAACUAUGAUAAGUGUACCAUAUUACAUUACCGUGCAGUUUACCAAUAAAAUGGUCUGACGGUGAAGUGGACAUACUCGGUAUAUAUCCCAAAAUAAAUAAAUAAUCUCACUACUAUACAUUUUUAGUUAGCAAAAAAUUAAUAAGAUCUUGCUACCAUGGAAAUGUAAAUACCUGUCUAUUUGUGGAAAAAUCACCCUGAUUAAUUCUUUAGUCAUAUCCCAGUUUUCCUAUUUACUUAUGGCCUUGCCUACACCGAACAACUAGUUUUUUUAAAUUCUAUGAGCAAAAUAUAUUAAAUGUUAUUUGGAACGGCAAGCCUUACAAAAUUAAACGGGCCUAUUUAUAUAAUAAAUACGAAUUCGGUGGGCUAAAAUUAUUAAAUGUUAAAGCAUUGAACCGCUCACUAAAGGCUUCGAGUCAUACAAAAGUUAUACUUAAACUCUGAACUGGUUCUCCAGCAGAAGUAAGAAAGGCUCACCCCGUGUUAAAAAUUAGCCUCUUGACCUUGAGGUGAAAUGAAAUCAUCUCUAAAAUAUCGCUAUUUUUAUAACCAUAGAAAGCUGGUUGCAAUUUCAGUUUAAUCCACCAUAACAGAACAAAUAUUACAACAAAUAUAAAUAAACUUGUAUAAUCUUUGUUAAUGAUAAGUAGAGUUGGUGAAGCUGUCACACAUGCAGCUAACAAAUGUCUGCUCGAUCCAAAAUUACAACCAACUGAUUGCCACAUUACCACACAAAUGGAGGAGGAAUAUGAAAGGGGGAGAAGCUAAGGAACUUGUCUGUCGACAUUUACCUAAACCUAACUCUGCAAAUAGCACUGCUGGGUGACUUUAAAAGCCACAGUCAUUCGAUCGUCAAUAAUAUAAUAAAACUCUUAGUAAAAAUGUUCAUCUUUAAUUUAAAAUCUGUAGAGACUAUGAGAAUAGAAAAGUUCUGAGCUUUUGUGAAACAUCACAGCACAGUUGAAAAAUAUAUGGAAAGUAGAAAUCUAAACAGAAAUACCUUGUUUACAUAAAUAUUCAGACCCUUUGCUAUGGGACUCGAAAUUGAGCUCAGGUGCAUCCUGUUUCCAUUGAUCAUCCUUGAGAUGUUUCUACAACUUCAUUGGAGUCCACCUGUGAUAAAUUCAAUUGAUUGGACAUGAUUUGGAAAGGCACACACCUGUCUAUAUAAGGUUCCACAGUUGACAGUGAGUGUCAGAGCAAAAAUUAAGCAAUGAGGUCAAAGGAAUUGUCAUGUGGAGCUCCGAGACAGGAUUGUGUCGAGGCACAGAUCUGGGGAAGGGUACCAAACUAUUUCUGCAUCAUUGAAGGUCCCCAAGAACACAGUGGCCUCCAUCAUUCUUAAAUGGAAGAAGUUUGGAACCACCAAGACUCUUCCUAGAGCUGGCUACCUGGCCAAACUGAGCAAUCAGGAGAGAAGGGCCAUGGUCAGGGAGGUGACCAAGAACCUAUUGGUCACUCUGACAGAGCUCCAGAGUUCCUCUGUGGAGAUGGGAGAACCUUCCAGAAGGACAACCAUCUCUGCAGCACUACACCAAUCAGGCCUUUAUGGUAGAGUGACCAGACGAAAGCCACUUCUCAGUAAAAGGCACAUGAUAGCCCGCUUGGAGUUUGCCAAAAGGCACCUAAAGGACUCUCAGACCAUGAGAAACAAGAUUAUCUGGUCUGAUGAAACCAAGAUUGAACUUUUUGGCCUGAAUGCCAAGCGUCACGUCUGGAGGAAACCUGGCACCAUCCCUACGGUGAAGCAUGGUGGUGGCUGCAUCAUGCUGUGGGGAUGUUUUUCAGUGGCAGGGACUGGGAGACUAGUCAGGAUCAAGGGAAAGAUGAAUGGAGCAAAGUACAGUGAGAUCCUUGAUGAAAACCUGCUCCAGAGCUCUCAGGACCUCAGACUGGGGCGAAGGUUCACCUUCCAACACGACAACAACCCUAAGCACAGAGCCAAGACAACGCAGGAGUGGCUUGUCUGAAUAUCCUUGAGUGGCCCAGCCAGAGCCCGGACUUGAACCCGAUCGAACAUCUCUGGAGAGACCUGAAAAUAGCUGUGCAGUGACGCCGCCCUUCCAACCUGACAGAGCUUGAGAGGAUCUGCAGAGAAGAAUGGGAGAAACUCCCCAAAUACAGGUGUGCCAAGCUUGUAGCGUCAUACCCAAGAAGACUCGAGGAUGUAAUCGCUUUCUAAGGUGCUUCAACAAAGUACUGAGGAAAGGGUCUGAAUACUUAUGUAAAUGUGAUACUUCCAUUAUUUAUUUUUAAUACACUUGCAAAAAUUUGCAAAAGUUUUUGCUUUGUCAUUAUGGAGUCUUGUGUGUAGAUUGAUGAGGGGGAAGAAAAUAUUUAAUCAAUUUUAGAAUAAGGCUGUAACGUAACAAAACGUGGAAAAAGUCAAGGGGUCUGAAUACUUUCUGAAUGCACUGUACAUAGUAUGUAUAAGAUGGAAGUAGAAGCCUAAGUAUUGUUUUCCAUUAGUUUACUCCAAUUAUGGGAGGGGUGGUAGGGUUAGGGUAAAAUAAUGAAGAAAAAACUAUAUGGGGGAUUGGAAAUGAUGCAGACAAUUACAUUGAUAGAACCCAUAAUCUAUAUGCAAUAUUAAAGCUGACCUAACCCCUAAAAAAAUAUAUAAUAAUAAUAAAAAAUAUAUACAUGCCCAUAACAUGAUGCAGCCACCACUAUGCUUGAAAAUAUGGAGAAUGGUACUCAGUAAUGUGUUGUAUUGGAUUUGCCCCAAACAUAACACUUGAGUGAGUACAAAAAGUUGAAUGCUUUGCCACAUUUUUGUAGUAUUACUUUAGUGCUUUGUUGCAAACAGGAUGCAUGUUUUGGCAUAUUUUUAUUCUGUACAGGCUUCCUUCUUUUCACUCUUUCAAUUAGGUUAGUAUUCUGGAGUAACUACAAUGUUGUUGAUCCAUCCUCAGUUUUCUCCUAUCACAGCCAUUAAACUCUGUAACUGUUUUAUAGUCACCAUAGUGAAAUCCCUAAGCGGUUUCCUUCCUCUCCGACAACUGAGUUAGGAAGGACGCUUGUAUCUUUGUAGUGACUGGGUGUAUUGAUACACCAUCCAAAGUGUAAUUCAUAACUUCACCAUGCUCAGGGAUAUUCAAUGUCUGCUUUUUUAUUUUUACCCAUCUACCUUCUUUGCGAGGCAUUGGAAAACCUACCUGGUCUUUGUGGUUGGAUCUGUGUUUGAAAUUCACUGCUCGACUGAGGAACCUUACAGAUAAUUGUAUGUGUAGUCAUACCUCAGAGAUUAGGUAGUCAUUCAAAAAUCAUGUUAAACACCAUUAUUGCACACAGUGAGUCCAUGCAACUUAUGUGACUUGUUAAGCACAUUUUUACUCCUGAACUUAUUUAGGCUUGCCAUAACAAAGGGGUUGAAUACAUUUCAUUUUUUAAUGUUUAAUUAAUUUGUAAACAUAUCUAAAAACAUAAUUCCACUAUGACAUUAUGGGUUAUUGUCUGUAGGCCAGUGACACAAAAUCUCAAUCUAAUCCAUUUUAAAUUCAGGCUGUAACACAACAAAAUGUGGAAAAAGUCAAGGUGUGUGAAUACUUUCUGAAUGCACUGUAGGCUAUGUGACGCAAUUUAUCUUUGGGGUCUUAAGUCAAAUUUAAAUGGGCAAUCAGCAGUUGCUACAUCCAUUUUUGGACUAAUAAAUUAAUGAUAUGUACCCACUGAUUCCUGAAAAAUCUAACUUAUAAAUGCCUCAUGAGCUUAGUUUAAGUUAACUGUCGUACUCCAUCAGAACGGAAAAUAUAAGCUUGUAGUACUCCAAUGUAAACAAAGGAAAUGUCAACAAAGACUACAUAGCCUCAAAACAAUGUUAAAUCUAUCAUUUUGAUAUCAGUCCUUGCAUCCAUAGCUCUGUCUAUGAAUUUGAGAGUGGUUACAUUUCUCCAGCCCCAUCCCUCAGCUUUUUACCAAAACAGGGGCGGGGAAACGCUUUUUUAUUGUUUCAACUGCUGAUUGCCGCUUUAAGUAAUUAGCUUUUUUUUUUACAAUGCAUAAAAGUACAGACUCAGAGCUUCAAAUUUGUAUAUCAUACACUGAAGUUGGAGAAAGCUAUGGGAAAGCUAUGCUGCUUUAAACGUUGAUAAUCUUGUAUACCCUGUUGAGAAAAGCCAUUCAAAGUUUUUCACACUCGUCAGAGAGCUAUUCUUUGUUUACGCCCAUUCAGCAUCGCUCACAACCUCUUAAGCCUUAGCCCCACCCAUCUCUUUAAGGAUUCACAUAGGGACAUGUUUCUGUCUAUAGACGGGUUGGCUGACAACGUCACAAAAAUGAUGUGCGCGCAUCCAUGGGGCCGGAAGCCAUGCUUUUUUAUGAAUCUGAACGGUUAGAUAGCUAGCAACAAUCACAAGAAGCUGCCAUGUGGGGAAUCGUAGGCGGCUCGUUUCAGAUAGUUUUAUCUUGUUCUUGUUACCAUGUCCUGUUUUGAGGUGUUUUUACUGAUUUCAUGUCAACGCUAAUAUGGCUCAAAUUUGCUAGCUAGCUAACCAACAACUGGAACGAUGUAUUUGAGAGAUACCAAGUCCUCAUUGUGCAAAUGUAUUUAUGUUUUCAAUAAACCUUUGGAGACUAAAUAUUGUUGUCAACAAUCUAAGCCAGCCCCGUCUGUUUGCACACGCUUCGGUUUUGUUGCUAAACAACCAACCAGUUUAUGGCCUUGUGCUAAACUGAGUGAGAGGGGUGAAAGUAGUAGCCUACAACAACAAAUAACUCCAGGUAAAAAUGCACUUUAUCUAGUCCUUGGCUUAUAUCCUAACCUGAAUUUGAUGCAGGUCAUGUUGGUCUUUACAUUAUUGUCUCUGGUAAACACACACUAUAUCAAACCAAAUCAAAGUAAAGUUUAUUUUCACAUACACAGGAUACAGCAAGUGUAAACGGUACAGUGACACGCUUACUUGCAGCUUACUUGCAAGCUCUUCCUCAAUAGUGCAGUAUCAAUAUCAAAAAUAGAUAAACGUGUCAACGUAAACGUUUUACCGGGCAUCAACCUGGACUCCAGGGUAGACGUAACAUAAUAAAUGUAAAUCCGUGACACCCCAAUUAGUAUGAUAUGUUACGAAUUACAAUUUGUAUGAUAUGUUACGAAUUGCAAGGCUAGGUUAAGGUUAGGAGUCAGGUUAAAGAGUUAAGGUUAGGGGAAGGAUUAGCUAACAUGCUAAGUAGUUGCAAAGUAUCUAAAAAGUUGUAAGUAGUUGCAAAGUUGCUAAUUAGCUCAAAUGCUAAAGUUGUCCGUAAUGAGAUACGAACACGCAAGGUUGCUAGAUGUUCACGUUAUAUGCCCACCCAUCCACCCUAAUUUCAAGACCGGAGCAAAUCGAAUCCGAGACCGAGUCAAGACCGAGACCAGGAGGGGUACAAGGGACAAGGGGUCCAAGACCGAGUUUUGAAACUGCAGUAAAAGUGCAGUAACUGCAGUCGACUGUGGUAUUUUGGACGCAUUAUUUGCAGCAUGCUACAGUUAUACUGCAGUGUACUGCAGUUAUACUGCACUCUGACUGCAAUCUUUUUUCGUAAGGGAACAGCCUAGUGGACUUGUACACAUGAAACUCAGGCAAAUGUGCUCAAGUAAACAUUACAGUAAUGUUGAAAUGAAUACAUAAUAUAAACACAAUGAGCAUGAGCGAUAUAUGUAGAAUAGAAAAUAACCUAGCAUCAUAAAAUGAGCAAUGCUAAUAAACGGUUAAUCGCUAACAGUCUUGCUAAAUGCUCAUGCAUUCCAAUGCAAAAUGUUAACGGUAGCGGGAGCUAGCUAACAAGCUCAACACAAUAGAUCACACAACUUAGCUCCACAUAAUAGGACACAGAUCUCACAUUUAGAUGCACACACAAUUAAUCAGACAGACAGGGAUUCAGUCCACGGGAGGAAAAGUUCAGCAGGGGGGAAACUGUGGUAGUGCUCAUCAGGAUUGGGAAAGCACUUUUCUGACCACAUGGUGAGGUCAUACACUAACUGAAACUCAAGUCCCGGGAAUCUAGGCCGCUGAUAGGCUGAACGAGAUGUGGUGAUAAGUAAUUGGCGUGAUCUUCAUCAAUAAGACAAUAACAAAAGUCUCCUCUGAAUGGGAGACUAAGCUGCCUGACUAGAACUAACCAGAAGGGAUGGCUAGAAUCAGCCGACUGAAGCUGUCCAUUUUAACAAACACUGUCGAUCUCCGGUUCUUCCCCAUCACUGUCAUCAGAAAACUCUGCAAUGUCUCGUUCUCUGACAACAUUUUGAACAUUACUAAAGUCAGGAAUUUCCUCGUCGUCUGAUUAUUUUUCAGAGUCAGAGAGUCAGCAUGGCAUGAUGAUCGUCCUCCAGAAAGUAGUCUCUCACAACUUUUUCGCACUGAGAUUUAUCGAUAGCUCCAACUAAAUUCAGGGCAGCAAUGUUGUUGAGAGCUGUACCAACAUUUGCGGUUGUCCAUGGCUAUAUCUUUCAAAAAUCCUGUGGUAGAAAAAUGAUCUACAUACUGACCAAAGAAGCUCCCAUUCUUGUUAUAUACAGAAGCCGGUGACAUAGCAGACCAAUCAGAACUCAUCCCUCUGCAUGUCCAGCCCCUCUAUUAUUUCAACCAAUCACGGCUAGCGGGAAGGUUCCUGUCUUUUUCCGUGCCUUACCAACUAGGCUCGCAAUUUACAUUUUUUAUUAGCAUUAACUUUUCGCAUACUGGUUUGUAAUUGAAAGUUCACAUGUUCAAGAAGGCAUAUCUGCCCCCCAAAAAAUGCAUUUUGAUGCAAAAAGUUUGCAUUUUUUCAAAUGCUUCUCAUGUAAAGUAGUAACGUUCGUAAUCUGCCCCAUUUGCGUGCUGCGUCACAUAUUCAAAGCUUGAAGGAUGGCAAUGAUGAGUCAGAACUAGGGAAAAUGGCUGACACGUUAACUGGACUUUCAGGUUUAUGGCAAAGUGUAAAACCAUUAAGAGGUUAUAUACCAUUUUGUUAGGUCAGAUUAGAAUGACCCAUGUGUAUUUUUGGUCAGUUAAACUGCAGUUUAUUCUAUGACAUCACAGCCAUUGAAUGAGCACUUGUUCAGUUCACAACAUGUUCAGAAAGCCUUUGCUGCCAACCUGUUGUUUACUAUUCAGGAGUUUAAUACUUUCGCUCCAUCCCCCCUGGUCUUCUACUACCAAAGAACAUUGCUUAGCCUUAGAGUACAGGUUCAUUAAUCCGCCACUCUCCCCUCUCUCUGCCUCAAAACUCAAGCACUGACAUAACAAUUACCCUGACACCCCUUGCCCUGUUUGCCUAUCACAUCACCUCAUCCUCCCAUUCACCCUCCUCUACCUCCUCCCUCCCCUCUUUAGAACCGGUCUCUGUCGUGACCAUCAAGUCCAACCUAAAUGAAGCGUUCGAGUUCAACAGCACUGUGGUCUUGACCUGUUCGGCCAAAGGAUCCUUCCUCAUGUACAAGUGGCUCAACGGCACUGCCCCGCUGGUCGCCGAUGGGAAUCAUGUGACUUUGAGUGCAAACUCCACAGUGCUGACCGUGGCUGGAGUGUUCAGGAAGGAUCUGGUCGGACCCAUCUACUGCACAGCCUCCAACAAACUAGAGAGCAAUAGCAGUGCCCCCUUCAACCUCACUGUCAGCUGUAAGUACAUAUGUUCUUAUAGCCUGGUCUCACAUCUGAUUGUGCUGUCUCGCCUACUCCUAUGGUCAUUGUUAGAAAGACAGCACAAACAGAUCUGGGACCAGGCUAAUAUUUGUAUCAAUUGAUUCCACUCACGUCUAUGCAAGGCUAUCUGAAAGGCUCAGGUAGAGUUCAGUUUAGAGUCUUAGGAGGCUUUGUGUGACUUGGGACACUCCCGGUAGGGGUUUCUACACCCAAACCCAACUCUCCUGUUUACACCAUGCCUGUGGUCCGAUGGUUAUGCUGAUUUACCCUUUUCAAGAGAGUGAAGAAGAAAAAAAUAUCUGUUUUAUCAACACUUAGAUAUGAUAUUAAGCAGUAGAUAAAUUAGUUUGUGUGAUGGCUUUAGAAUAAGUCAUGCCAGCCAUGUUCUAUAUUGUAACAGUGAGAGGCUGCUGAUCUAAAUCAGCCAUCCAGCUCAGGGUAGUACAAUGCAGGCGACAGGAAAAUGGUCAGAUAAGAUCCACAUUUCGUCCUAGCCCAUCUGAGUAGAGCACCUGGGAAGGGAUAGAACUUGCGGCUUGUUUUUGUUAAGAAUUUAAUGAGCUGCUACAUUGUGGUUUGCAGCCUUAGGCCUAGGCCUAAAUUAAAAACAGCUGGACCUCUUUUCCAAUAUAUUUGCAGAUGGGCCAGAAAACGUCACCAUGACAGUCACCCCCACCGGUGAGGUCCAAAAGAAGGGUUCCAACAUUACAUUGACCUGCUCAGCCCAGUCUAGCCCUGUGGCUGUGCUUCAGUGGAUCCACAAUGGAGUCCCGCUCAAUGUGAUGGGCCCCAAGCUGGUACUGGCCAACAUUGCAGAGGCACAGAGUGGAAACUACUCCUGCAUGGCCAGCAAUGCCAAAACCUUGCGAUACCUGGAAUCCACCACAGCCAAGUUCACUGUAGUAGGUGAGUAGAAGAACCACAAGAGCCAAUGGGAAAUCAAGGUUUUAUACAUGAAUAGGACGGGUGCUUUAGCAAAUACAAAGGGUAGCCAUGUACAGUAUACUGGUAGAGACCUAGAGAGGCAAAUCUUGCUCUAAUGGAAAGCAAAGUAGUGAAACUGGUUGUUGCAUUCAGUUGAGCUACAGUAUUCUUCUGAGGUUCUUGUCAGUAACAUGUUUUUCAGAUGUUACACUCAUUUGAUUUUAUUAGACUUAUAGACUGACCUGUUCUUGUUGAACUAAUUACAAGGAGGUUGUUAUUAACCUUUCUCCAUUUAAUGGUGAAUAUUGCCUGGAAAAGGUUUGUUACAGCCAAUUAAACACUUUUAAAACGGUUUCUGUAACUGUAAGAUAAAGAAUUUGCCGUUAGUCCUGCAGCCCUGUCUCAAAGAGAUUGUAUCAUCCUUAUUAAGGUGAUACCAUGAACAGACAGACUGAAACCUGUUUCUUGGCUUCACGCCCCAAAGGCAUAACACCGAACACUGAAUGGAUUUCAUAUAAUUUUUAAGCAUACGGUACAAGUUUCAAACCCAGUGACCUCGUAUCAUGGCAACUUUGUACGUUCCCUUAUAGGUUUUUAAAGCUUGUGAAAUAUGUGUUCCAUGCCAUACAGUACGAAGAGUGUAUGGCCCUCGGUGUGUACUGAAACUUUUUACAAUGGGAGACAGUCUACCAUGUUGUGAGUGACUAAAACCUGCUUGGUUGGGGGGAUGGUCUUUCAAAAUGCCUGGAGUCCUUGAGUCGUGUAUUGUUUUUUCAAAGGAAGAGAUAUUGUGGGAUGUGGGGGUUCAGUUAUUCUAUGAAUGCUCCCCUCUACUUGGUAAACAGUAGUGACUUCAAGUCCAAUUAUUCCGCCAUGAAUCAUAGUGACACAUUUUACUUUUAAUGACUGACUAAAGCUGAGGAAAUAAGACUUUGCCUCCGAAAAUGUUUACCUUCAAGCCUGACACUUAUUGGCCAAAGUAUUGAUUAGGCAGUUAUGAGUCACCAUUGAGGGCCAUGAACUUUGUGUUUAAAACAUAUUAUCUUGGCAUUAGUUUUCCAACACUUACUAGUCUAGAAAGAAGAUAUCAAGAUAAACAAGACAGUGGUUUCUCCUGUUCACCUGUUCAGCUGGUCCAAAACCAAAAUACAAACUUGCCCUUAGUCACACUUUCAAGUGGUCUAGCAUGACAGUGAGCAUGUUAAUUGCAUUAUCUAUUCAUGUACAGUUGAAGUCAGAAGUUUACAUACACCUUAGCCAAAUACAUUUAAACUCAGUUUUUCACAAUUCCUGACAUUUAAUCCUAGUAAAAAUUCUCUGUCAGUUAGGAUCACCACUUUAUUUUAAGAAUGUGAAAUGUCAGAAUAAUAGUAGAGAGAAUUCUUUAUUUCAGCUUUAAUUUCUUUCAUCACAUUCCCAGUGGGUCAGAGGUGUAUAUACAAUCAAUUAGUAUUUGGUAGCAUUGCCUUUAAAUUGUUUAACUUGGGUCAAACCUUUCGGGUAGCCUUCCACAAGCUUUGCACAAUAAAGUUGGGUGAAUUUUGGCCCAUUCCUCCUGACAGAGCUGGUGUAACUGAGUCAGGUUCGUAGGCCUCCUUGCUCGCACACGCUUUUUCAGUUCUGCCCACACAUUUUCUAUAGGAUUGAGGUCAGGGCUUUGUGAUGGCCACUCCAAUACCUUGACUUUGUUGGCCUUAAGCCAUUUUGCCACAACUUUGGAAGUAUGCUUGGGGUCAUUGUCCAUUUGGAAGACCCAUUUGCUACCAAGCUUUAACUUCCUGACUGAUGUCUUGAGAUGUUGCUUCAAUAUAUCCACAUAAUUUUCCUUCCUCAUGAUGUCAUCUAUUUUGUGAAGUGCACCAGUUCCUCCUGCAGCAAAGCACCCCCACAGCAUGAUGCUGCCACCCCCGUGCUUCACGGUUGGGAUGGUGUUCUUCGGCUUGCAAGCCACCCCCUUUUUCCUCCAAACAUAACAAUGGUCAUAAUGGCCAAACAGUUCUAUUUUUGUUUAAUCAGACCAGAGGACAUUUCUCCAAAAAGUACGAUCUUUGUCCCCAUGUGCAGUUGCAAACCGUAGUCUGGCUUUUUUAUGGCGGUUUUGAAGCAGUGGCUUCUUCCUUGCUGAGCGGCAGAGUUUUAAUGACUCCAACCUAAGUGAAUGUAAACUUCCGACUUCAACUGUAGGCAAUUUGGUUCUGCUUGGUUGACAAGUUUUUGGUACAUCAGGGCAUUCAAAGACUCAUUGUAAAAUAACAUUUGAUUUGAUGUCACAUUUUAUGGAAACGUGGCCUGGUAUAAGCUGGACAGUGAUAUAGUAGCUACCCACUGGGCACAGAUGUCAAAUCAACGUCUAUUCCACAUUUGUUCAACGUAAUUUCCUUGGAAUGACUUGGAAACAACGUUGAUUCAACCAGUGUGUACCCAGUGGUUAGAUGUAAUGUCAUUAAGGUAUAAUGAAAGUACAAUGUCUUCCAAUUUAGUAGUCAUCGUUAAAUCCAUCCAACUGAAAUCUAAUGAAUAGUUAAUCAAGCUUCAUGGGGUGUUUAUGUUCUAAAUACUUUGUGGUUCUAGCACUCUGGUAGUUGUGAGUGAAACAAGCUGUUUCUCAGAGUGUUAUCAUCUGGUCUGUAUAAACCCUAACUCCAUUUUCCCCCUGUGUUUGUAGAGGCCAUAUCCGGCACUAAGAUCACAGGCCCCAAUGGAACGCUCGUCGCAGGUAUUAGCACGGCCACCCUGAGCUGCCAGGCAAGCGCCGGCACCGCCGGCACCCGAGAGUGGCUGAAGAAUGGCGUGGCACUGUCUCCUAGCAACAGGGUCGUGGUCUCGGCAGACAAGAGCUCGGUCAUGAUCGAGCCAGUGCAAAAGGAAGACAGUGGGGAGUACCAGUGUAAGCUGACCAAUGCUGUGAACACAGACUCUGCCAGCCUCAAGAUACUAGUCAACUGUGAGUAUAGGCAUCCUGACCAUUAACACCAAUAAACACCAAUAAACAAAGUGUACUUUAUAUUCUGCUGUAUAUUCAUAAUGUUACAGUUAUCCAAAAACAAAAGCUUUGUGUUUUACCCAAAUCCAUGAUAAACUUUCUGAAUGCUACAGUGUACUAUUAUUGAGGUCAGAUGGCCAAAUCCAGGUGAAUUUCAGGUAUAAAGCUUAUGAAGGGAAAAGCUGAAAUUCUCCUUUCCUGUAUCUCAGUUGGUCCUGAGGCUGUGUCCGUGAAGGGGGAAAUUGCCGUAGAGGUGAAUGCCCCUGUCACGCUGAAGUGUACCUCAGUCUCCCUCCCUGCUGCCACCUACACCUGGAAGUUCAACGGGACGCUGACCGGCGUGAUGACAGCCGAGUACAUCAUCGAAGCCGCUGUGUACAAGAACACUGGGAUUUACACCUGUGAAGCCAGCAACGCCAUCACCGGGCUGAGCACUGCCGUUGCCCACAAGCUGUCCGUCAAAGGUUUGAUAGUGGAGGCUAUAAGAGUAUUCUACCAUUUGGCACCAUGGUUCUUAGAAUGUCUUCUCAACUUUUGUAGGGAUAUUCUACUCAUAAAUCAUGUACCACUGUACACGUUUAUCUCAUAUGAAGCUGUUGCAUUACUUUGUGAUGUUCUGAUGAUGAUGAUGAUGAUGAUGAUGAUAAACGAUGGAUUGUUCUUGUGAUUCCGCAGAGGAGAGAACACUGGAUGAUGGUCUCACGGGUGGGCAGGUCGCUGGGAUCAUCAUCGGCGUGCUUAUCGCUCUAGUGCUCAUCAUCGCUGGAGUCCUCUACAUGAGACGGAAAAAAAGACCGUGA